GCGCAGACCCCGACUCGCGCAUUCUCGCCCCCUCCCUUUCCUCCCCUGCUCAGCUUCCAGGGCCGCACAAGGCGCCUCCCCUUGAAGCAAUUCAACCUCUCCCCCCGCUACCUCCGCGCUCGCGCCCUCCCUCCCACCCGUUCCUUGAGCUCUGCCGGCGGACACUAAUUAGGUCGUCCGCUGCCCCUCUGGGAUUCCAGGGAGAAGAGAUAAGCGGUGGGCGGGCGAGGGUGGAGAGAGAGCGAGAGAGAGGAAAGGCUGGGGGCGGCGCGCUCGCGCUCUGCCCGCCCGCCUUCCCCACCCCCCUUCUUCCCACACACUGGCUCUCUCUAGCGGGCAAGGCUGCUUGGCUAGCCUGCGCGCCCGCCUCUCCCGAGCAGCCAUGAACCGAGUGGGCAAGAAGGAUGAGACCCUCAUCGAGAUGGGUCUGGCCAAUGACGGUGAGUAAAGCCACCGGGAGGGAAGCGGGGCGCGCGCGCGGGGGGGUGGGUCUUGGUCGCUCGCCAGUUUGCCCGGGGAAAAACUUCUCUUUCUCCACUCCGGCUCCUGAGGCGGCGCUUGGGCCAGUGCCUGGGAAUCCCGGGGCUUCCCUUGCCCCGCUCGCGCUCCCUGUCCGGUGCUGAAGGCGCAGCUUCUCCCCACCCCCCACCCAGAGACCGACAAAACCGGGCCGUGGAGGAUCCCGGCCUGGUUCUUGGCGGGCGGGCGGGCGGGGCUGGCCGCGGCUAUUCAUUCCGCCGCCCGGUGUUUGGCUGAAAUGCGUCGCCUCAGGCUCACUUUUUCCAUGUGGGCACCUGCGGUGUGGGGAGGAAGGGUGAGCCCGGAGAAAAAGGCGCGCCUCGGGUGGGCGAGAAGGAGCGAGGCUAGCGGAAUUCCCAGGCGGCCGUGCAAGGAGGGAGGGCGGCUCCCGCCUUUCCUCAAAGGGAAGCGGCUCCACAGUCCACUCCGGCUCCAGAGGCCUCUUCAAGCCGUUCCCAGGGGUUGAACCAAACCGAAGGGCUCUGUCGCCAGUAGAUUUCUACGGGAGGGUCCUUCCUUCAGCAGAUCGUAGGACGGCCGCAUUAUACGCCUAUGUUACCCAAAGCUUUAACCAGAAACAUGGGAAGGUGCGGUGUUUUGCAUCUGGCACCGUUGGGGAAAGGUGAGAGAGUGAGGCCUUGUUGAGAUCAUGGGGCUCCCAAGACUGUUCCAACUGCCAAUUCACCAGGCUGCAUCAGAGAUAAUGAAACUAAAGCUGAUGGCCAUUAUUGAACUUUCCCCUUCUUAAAAAAAAAGGUGGAACGUCCAGACCAGCCCAUGCCAAGGCCUUCAUAUCAUUUUCUGAAAGCUGUUAUUAUUACACCAGAAGCUGCCAACCUUUUUGGACCAGCAGACACAAUUCAAAGUUCUAUGGGUGCCAUUCAUUUCCAUGCACUGCUCUGGUUCUCCAGAAGCGGCUUAGUCAUGCUGGCUACAUGACCCAGAAGCUGUACGCUGGCUCCCUCGGCAAAUAAAGCGAGAUGAACGUCGCAACCCCAGAGUCGGUCACGACUGGACCUAAUGGUCAGGGGUCCCUUUACCUUUACCUUUAUGGGUGCCAUUCUUAAAGUGGCUGCCAUAGGGAGCAUGGCAUAACACAAAAUAAUAGCUGCUCCCUUCCCUCCAUUCUUGCUGUGGGCAGUCAUAUAUGUCCUGCUGGCCCUGAUUGUGCAGAUCACACCCACCCACUGAUCACACUCAUGCUAAGAACAGGGAGCAUGCCCCUGUACCAGGAAAAAUAUACAAGCUGGCCACACACCAGCACAUACAUAUAGACCACAGACAGGGAAAAUGUGUGUGCGUCCUAUGGAGCGAAGACGCCAUAGCCCCGCGACCCUCUCCCGGCUGGAGAGGUGACGCGCGGCUAUUGAGGCUCCUGCCAUAGCCGUGCGUCACCUCUCCAGCCGGGAGAGCGCGCGCGGGGCUAAAGAAGCCAUAGCCCCGCGACCCUCUCCCAGCUGGAGAGGUGACGCACGGCUAUGGCAGGAGCCUCUCCGCUGCUCCCUGAACUGCUCUUUGGGGCUGGUGGUGGGCUUCCCCCCCGCCAGCCCCAAAGAGCAGGUCGAAAGGAACCUGAAGCCUGGAGAGCGAAAGGGGUCAGUGCACACCGACCCCUCUCGCUCUCCAGGCUUCCAAGGUAGCCGUCUGAACGCACCUUAAACGGCACCUUGUUUUAGAGCGGGAAAACAAGAGGGGGAAAGUUCUCCCCCUCUCUGCACAGCGCCUCCUGCCACUUUGCUGAAGGGGCGCUGGGCAGAGAGGGGGAGAUUUUUUUUUUCUUGUUCUCCCCCCUCUAAAAGGAAGUGCGUCCUAUUGUCCGGUGCGUCCUAUGGUGCGAAAAAUACGGUAUGAGCAAAUUGUCUUUCACCGAUACUAAGCUUUGGGCCUUUUUACUACAAAAGUUUUAAACACAAGUUAGAAAGUAGGGGUCUGGAUGUUACUCGCCUUCUACAUGCUGUAAAACUACUCCCAGUAGUGACUGGUAUGGUAUAGCUUGGAGACACCCUCCUGACACCAGUGUUUGGAUGGACAGGGCAGGAUAGUGAUGACAUUGGGUGUUUGUGGCCACUGAUGGAGUCUGUCACAGCCCAACCUUGAUACCGCCCAGCCCUGCCCCGGUAAGCUGCAGUGAUGCCAGCAUUGGAGAGGAAGCUCAGCUCCACUCUACCAGAUGCUAUGAUUAUUUGCCUGGUAGUUCUUGCCUCCAUUAUAUGCAAAUUGGAAAUUAUGUCACUGCCUUUGAACUGAUACUUGCAGGACUUUCACCUCGAGGUGAAAUGGAAUGGAUACUAUAGCUAAGCUAGACAUGGCACUGGCGAAUGGAUGCAGGUCCUUCCCAAGGCUAGAGGGCACCUUUGCCUCCUCCCCAAACAACUCUGGUGGCUUCAGGAGGGAAAUGAAAAUAAUAGCACCUCUUGCAGGUGCUUUGCUGUUGAGCUCUUGACUGGUUGCUGCCACCUGUUCCUUCCUUGGCUUCAGCCUCCCCCAAUCCUCAUAUGCUUGCCUAGCUGGGUUGCAGUGACAAUGGAGGGUGGCAUCAUUCAGCAAAGCAACAAAGAACAAUGCUGCUGCAGGUACCAUCUUCAUUACCCCAGAGUGGUGACAAAGAAGAGAAUAGGAUAGUAUGCCUGGCAGGUCAUUCUGUAGGCUAGGCUAAAAGAUGGAAAUAACGAAAUUGGCUGGGGUGAGGAAGGACAAAAACUGAGUGUGGAAGUGGAAAGCCGUGUUGUUUUGUUGUUGUUUGGUGGUAGCUACGGCAACCGGGUCAUAGCAGUAGAGAAGUGAAUAAUGUAUUUUUGUAUGUGUGAAGUUCUGGUGUGUGUAUGUGUAUACUACUAGUCAACUUAAAAAAUGACAGUAAAAUCUAGGGUUGGGGGAGGGAACGCAUCAUCCCUUCUUUCAAGAUACUUAGUUUUCAUUCACUUUUAUAAGAUAGAUCAAGUGAACCAACAUAAUGUGAAGGUCAGAGUGUGGUGUUAUCAUCAUGCUGGAAAACAUUAUUUUGUAAAUUAAAUACUGCCUAAAAUAGACUUACUAAGCACUUUCAUAAUGACUUCCAAGUUGGGGUAUUUUUCUCGUAAGUGUCUGAGAUGAAGUUAUUGCUAUGACUAAGCUAAAGUGAAUAUUUACAAAGUGCAUAGUUGAUGCCAUUCCCAAAGCAGUUACUAGGCCAGGAAAAAAUCCAUUGCAUCAAUUUUUGCCUAGCAUCUUUCCCCCAUCAUUACUUAAUCAUUAAAGGAACCCAUUAUUAAAGUAUAAUGCAAGCUAGAAAUGUACUGAUGUUCACUGGUUCCAUUUCAACCACCAACACACUGAACUUCCUGUCUCAGUGGCCUUUGACUUGAAAGUUUUUUUAAAGCAUUCCAUAGCAUCCCAGACUGUGUUUGGGAUAGGUGUCAUCUUUGAAUAAAACUGAAGUCAGAGUUCUAGCAGCUCAGACAUCCUGUCUUUUGUAAUAGCCAGCAUACUUCAUGUGUGAUUUUUCUGUUGUGUACACUUACACACAACACUUGCACAUACACAUGCACUGCACAGAAGUAUAAGUUCCCCUCUGUUAGGUAGUGAAAGAAUGAAGCAGACAAGGCACUCUUGUGGAAACUGAGACCAUGAGUGGUAUUCAAUUAAACAGUUUCACUAGAGCAAUGACUUUUAGUUGUGCAAUGGAGCUUAUUCUCUCCGUGUGCAACCCCUAUUUUUUUCUGGGGGCUCCCACAAUCUUCUAGAACAGAUUUAUGGGGCAUGCACAGGAUGCAUGGGGAGAGGAGAAGGCAAAGGGGUUCAAAUUCUCAGUCAUGUGUCUUUGUGCUAGUGGAACACUUCAGUUGACUAUGCUAAUUUCCAGGAAAAGCCUGGAACCACAUACCUUAAAAACUGAUAUAGUAUGAGCAUGAAAGCAAUUGAAAAGAGCAAAGUAAUAAGGGCCUCAAGGAGGUUUUCAGCAAAGUGAGCAAAUGAUGCCUCUACUCCCUAUCUACUCUUCCCCUACUUCUAGCUUUCAUUCUACUGUCGACUUCCUAGGUCCAAAGUCACCCCCUUCCCUAACUUAUUCAUCCAUUGCCUCUUUCCUUGCCUUCAAAGAUGCCCUGGAAUGCUGUUUUACCUGCUUCUUAUAUCUCUUUAAGGCUAGGAGAUAUGGCUAUACUUCAAUAGCUUUCUGAUUCUUUCAAGGCCCAGAAAUGCGGCUAUAAAAGUUCCACAGAAGUCAUAUUCCGAGCAGAGACCAUUGAAGGGCCAGGAUAAACAAUCACAAAAUAGGUCUCAUGGUUCUGCAUUGUGAAAGCAGUGUUUGAAAUUAGCCAGGUGCCAGGCUCACUUUGCACCUGGUUUUUGACCACUUGCAACCAAGUGAAGAUGCCUGGGUGCCAGGAUGGUGCCUGACAUCUCCACCAUCUGGAGGUGCAUGCCUGAGGAUCAUUGGAUCUGGCUUGUUUUCACAUAAUAAUACCCCAUCCUGUAGAAUUCUAUCAGUUAUAUUUCAUAUGCACAAUCGGAAUGAAUUUCUGGAACCAAAAUGCUUUUUCUGCGCAGCCUACACAGGUUCAGUCACCUUUAAGAAAAAAAAGGUGGUCGGAAAAGGCCAGUAUAUUCAUGGACUGGACCAGGAUCAAGUGACUUUUCUUCUUUAAGUUCUCAAAGUUCUUAACUAGCCACAUAGUCAAUCCAUCAUUUGAAAAAUAAGAUUUUAGAGCUCUUUUACCCAAAAAUGGCAAUUAGACAUUCCAUUUUCGUGACUGUAACCUUGGUUUAAGGAGCCACUUGGCACCUAGCUUAUAUAUCUGAGUUUGUAACACUGCGUGUUGCUAUCACUUCCUGUCCCAUUUAUUUGCAUCAAAGGCAACAUGCAGCUCUUCUAACCAAAAAGUCUUAUAACAUGAAGGGCGUCCUCUGUUUUCAUUUUUAGCUGUAUACAUAAUAAAUUUGUACCAAUCAGUUGCAAAAGAAUCUUUAUGCUUUGAACCUUGUAACAUUUUUAUUUUAUUAGUCACUUUUUCCAUUAGUGCUUUUUAUCGUACUUUAUUGUACCAGUUUGUCAAAGAAGCACCCUCUGAUUUUUUCCAGUAUCUUUUUAUUAUCAGCCUGGCUGCUAGUAAAAGAUGACUUAUUAGGGGUUUGAAAUGUAAGUUAAUGUUGUCUCCCAUAACAAAAAAUUGAGCAGGGUUAGCUCUGGACAUUUCAAGGUGUUUUGUGCAAUAACUGCUUUUAUUUCAACAAAUACUUCCUCACAGAAUUAAACCAUUCUCACCCCCCCUCCACACACCCCAUAAUAUGUUGAUUCAAGCAUAAUACUCUGCAGCCUCUCCAGCAGCUUGGUCAAUGUCAGGAAGUAAUAUGAGCCAAAUGUAUAGGUGUGAGAUGGCAUUUUUACAAUGUUUUAAGUGCUACCUCUUCUGUUGAGGCCAAGGCAGAUUUCAAAACAAAUUUCCCCCAUGUUGAGGUCCAGUCAUCUACUGAUAGUAAUUUGUCAGCUUCCCACAUCUGCCUUAGACCAUCAGCUAUAUCUGUAUCUAUUAACAUUAGCAUGCUGUACAGUCUAGACACACUCAACCCUGUUCUGUCAUUUUGGGGAGAGUCCAACAAUAGCACAAAAGGAGUAAGGUCUCUCAAUGCCUGUUCUUUGAUGUGGAUUUGGCACGUGAAAUUUCCAAUUUGGUACCAUGUCAACCAACCCUAUAUAUUAUUGUGAUGUUGUCAUCAUCCAGUGGGCAUUAUGAAAAGGGGGUGGGGGGACAGGAACCUGGAACAGACAAGUUUCCACUGACUACUAUUCCUUCAAAUAAACAGUACUGCUUCCAUGUUAUUCAAAAUACAUGUUCUGCUGUAGAAAAAUACUGAGUUUUAGAACUGAGUCAUUCUGUCAGUAUUCUAGUCUGAAGGAAAUGUACCGUAUUUUUCGCUCCAUAGGACGCACUUUUUCCCCUCCAAAAAUGAAGGGGAAAUGUGUGUGCGUCCUAUGGAGCGAAUGCAGGCUUCGCUGAAGCCUGGAGAGCGAGAGGCAUCGGUGCGCACCGACCCUCUCGCUCUCCAGGCUUCAGGAAGCUAUCCACAAGCCUUGCAAGCCCGGUGGGAGUUACCGCAGGCUCACAAGGCUUGCGGGCAGCAGCCUGCAGCCCCGGCGAGUGUCCGCAAGCCUUGCGCGCCCGGCUGGAGGUCCCGCCGAGCGUGCGAGGCUUGGGGCAGCAGCUUGUCACCCGAAGCACGGGGAGCCCUCCGGAGGGUGCCCCGUGCUUCGAGCGAGUGUCUGCAAGCCUUGCGCGCCCGGCAGGAGGUCCCGCCCAGCGCGCAAGGCUUGGGGCUGCAGCUUGUCGCCCGAGCACGGGAGCCCUCCGGAGGGCUCCCGUGCUCGGGCGAGUGUCUGCAAGCCUUGCGCGCCCGGCAGGAGGUCCCGCCCAGCGCGCAAGGCUUGGGGCUGCAGCUUGUCGCCCGAAGCACGGGAGCCCUCCGGAGGGCUCCCUUGCUUCGGGCGAGUGUCUGCAAGCCUUGCGCGCCCGGCAGGAGAUCCCGCCCAUCGCGCAAGGCUUGGGGCUGCAGCUGUCGCCCGAGCACGGGAGCCCUCCGGAGGGCUCCCCGUGCUUCGGGCGAGUGUCUGCAAGCCUUGCGCGCCCGGCAGGAGGUCCCGCCCAGCGCGCGAGGCGGGGGGCUGCAGCUUGUCGCCCGAGCACGGGAGCCCUCCGGAGGGCUCCCUUGCUUCGGGCGAGUGUCUGCAAGCCUUGCGCGCCUGGCAGGAGAUCCCGCCCAGCGCGCAAGGCUUGGGGCUGCAGCUUGUCGCCCGAAGCACGGGAGCCCUCCGGAGGGCUCCCGUGCUUCGGGCGAGUGCCUGCAGCCUUGCGCGCCCGGCAGGAGGUCCCACCGAGCGCGCAAGGCUUGGGGCGGCAGUCUGUCGCCCGAAGCACGGGAGCCCUCCGGAGGGCUCCCGUGCUUCGGGCGAGUGUCUGCAAGCCUUGCGCGCCCGGUGGGAGGUCCCGCCGAGCGUGCGAGGCUUGGGGCGGUAGCCUGCAGCCCGAAGCACGCGAGGCUUGGGGCGGCAGCCGCGGGGGGGGGGGAAUAAUUUUUUUUAUUCAUUUCCCCCCCCAAAAAACGAGGUGCGUCCUAUGGACCGGUGCGUCCUAUAGAACGAAAAAUACGGUAUUUGCAUCUGGGUUAGUUUUGUGAAAAUAGGGACAUAUUUAAGGCACUGGCAUUAUAUACCGUAUAUUGAAGUCUGUUUUACCCUGCCCAUACAAAUUUGAGAAUGAGGUCUUUAGUUCAUGGACACAAUGUUGAUGUAAAAUCAUUAGUUCUAAAGUAGCAACUUCCUACAGGGAAAGGGGAGGGAAACUUUUGUUGCUAGUUCUGACCAAAUAUAGCCUUGCUGUGGCGCUGACUCACAUCAAGUAGAAGUGCACAUUCACUGUUAAGCCUUUUGGGCAAGAUUUUCAGUUGCAGUGAAUGAAACUGAUUCAGGGAUAUCUCAGCCUUAUGGUACAGAUGAUCUUAGGAUUAGUGCAGAUAUUAGAUCAAAAACUUGGUAGUUGUGCUCUUUGCCUGCUGUUUUGAAAGCUAGUGCAGGGACAUGGUGAGGACAGACAAAUAAUCUGAGUGAAUUUGUUCUAAAGAAGAAGAAGAAGAAGAGUUUGGAUUUGAUAUCCCGCUUUAUCACUACCCUUAGGAGUCUCAAAGCGGCUAACAAUCUCCUUUUCCCUUCCUCCCCCACAACAAACACUCUGUGAGGUGAGUGGGGCUGAGAGACUUCAAAGAAGUGUGACUGGCCCAAGGUCACCCAGCAGCUGCAUGUGGAGGAGUGGAGACACGAACCCGGUGUACCCGGUUACUAGUGUAACCAUCCCAAACACUAUUUAUAUUUAUCUGUAAAAUUGUUUUCUUGCCAAAUGCAAGUUGGGAAACAUGCAUUUGUCCAGAUAAUCUCUCACUCAGUCAGCUCUUAGUUUUGUUUUGUCUCCUUCAUAUGGUUCUCAAGUUUCUGGUUUCUUCUUCUUCAUUUUAUUGAGCAGCUUAAAAUUUUAUUUUUUGCAUUUUCAAUUUUACAAACAGAAUAAAAAAACCUACAAACAUAAAAUCCUCUUUGACUUACCUCCCCACCUUCAUGGAUCUUCAUAUAAUAAUUUUCCCCUCUGCAUCUCUUCCGUAGCUCUAUUUUUAUAAAUCCUUUAUCACUCCAUAGUUCGAAUUUUUACUACAAGUUUUCUGUCAAUCCUACCAAUGUGUGUAAUUGUUUACAGUAUUUUUUUAAAAUAAAUAAUAAACUUACCCCAUUCUUUAUUAAAGUCAGUCUCUUCCUGGUUUCUAAUUCUUCCUGUGUUUUGCCAUCUCAGCAUAAUUCAUCAGUUUUAUCUACCACUCUUCCUUGGUCAGAGUUGUGCCAUCUUUCCAUCUCUGGGCUAACAUCAUCCAUGCAGCCAUGGUUGCAUGCAUGAAUAAUUUUGUCUGGUCCUUCAGGAUCUCUGGACCUAAAAUACCUAAAAGAAGAGCUUCUGGGGUUUUUUUACAAAACAUUAUUUUCAGCAUUUUUUCCAAUUCGUUAUUUAUCAUUUCCUAGAAGUCUAUUAUCAUCUUACAUGACCACCACAUGUGAUAAAACGUGCCCUCUUUCUCUUUACAUUUCCAGCAUGUUUUAGACUUUGAUUUAUACAUUUUAGCUGAUUUACUAGGAGUUAAGUACCAACGAUACAUCAUUUUCAUAUAGUUUUCUUUCGAACAGGCUGUCUUUUUUAAUCGUAUUGUCCAUAAUCUCUCCCAUGCUGCUAAUUCAAUAUUAUAACCAAAAUCCUUCGCCUAGUGAAUCAUAAUCGAUUUGACCUGUUCAUCUUUUGUUUGCCAGUCUAAUAAAAGUUUAUACAUUUUAGAAAUUAACUUAGUUUUAUUUUCUAACAGUUCCCUUUCGAACUGGGAGGUUUUGUUUUUAUCCAUCUUAAACACUUCAUUAAGUUGGUGAUAUUGCAACCAAUUGAUUACUAAUUCUCUUAUGUCUUAUGGGGCUUACUUGGGGGGUGCACGCCACCUUCGUGCUUCCCCCAAGGCUCUCGUGACGAGCUCCCCAUUCAUGGAGAAAACAGCUCAUCAUCCACUGCCAUUCCACAGUAAUCCAGAAGUCCAAGUUUCUGGUUUAUUGUUUAUCAAACUAAUGUUCUUGCAGAUGAGCCAGAGUAAUUACAAUUUCAGUUGCAAUUAUGACAUACCUAUAUUGGCACCACCAUAUAGGUUUUGAAAUUAUCCAUGAUAAUAUUGUGAGCUAUGAAGGCUCUAGCUGUGCUCUAGUUGAGCAAUAUUGAAGCAAUAUUUUUAAAAUUCAUGGAUGAGCUCCAGCCCUUAAGCAAUAAUAAAAAAGCACUCUCAUCUCACAAGCAUACUUGGGGGAAUCUAAAGAGAAGCAGAAGUACAAUUCCCCUCCCCCCUCCAUAUAGCUAUAGAUGGACCAUAAGGAGAAACUCCUCCUCCCUCCCAAACCCAGUGAGGACAGAGCAUUCCCAAUAGCCAUGGAACACUGAGUCAUUGAAAAAUAAAAUGGCCGUGGGAGGGGGGAAUAGAAUCAGCCUGACUCUCUGAAAGUGGCCUGUAAAGAGGAGGGUGUGGCCUCAGCUUCAAAGGCUUCAAAUUUUCGCUGAUCAGCUGACAUGCAUGCAGGAGAGAGAGAGCAGGCUAGGAGUGCAGAGGGGGACAGGAGGCAAAGAAUGGAAGGUAGGCAUAAGCCAUAGCCAUAAUUACUAAUGUUUUAUAGAUUUUAUUUUUGUACAAGUUCAGGGUGUUUCACAUAUAAUCUGUUUCCACACUGGGCUUUUACUGUGAAAUAGUCAACUGUUUUCAUUCAUUUUUACAGAGCAUUAGCUUGGUAUUGUCAACAAAAUGCCCUGCUCCUAUAUUUCCCCUGCUUAACUUCCUUCCCUGCCCCCAUGUUCAGAAAUUAUGCCUCCUUUAACACUGUAUUGAAUUUCCCUAGGGAUAGAUGUUUUAUGGUGCAACUGUUGGAGCCAGCUGGUCUUUCGUAGCUUGCUGUAGCCAUUUCCUUUCAUACGCUUUGUCUCUUUUCUAACAAUCAUUUCUAUCGUUUUCACCAUCCCCUUUCCAAAUAAUAUUGCCUUCAUAUCUAUUUCUUUUACCCAGCCCCAAAUUGCAGCAGAAGGUGUAUACUUAUUGCGAGUGCAGCAAAAGGGGGGGGGGCACGAGCAUUUCACUUUUCACCUGCACUGUGGUCCAUGUAACAUUCCCAGAAAUUUGGGACUGGGGAAAGGGGAGCUACCCACAUGGAUGCAGAAUAUUUCUUGGAUUCCAUAAGUCUGGAAACCGAGUUGCUAUUUCAUUUGCAGCUUUAAGUAGACCAGGAAUGAUUGGGUGCUGCUGAUUGUCCACAUCUGGAAGCACUGAUAGUAUCUCUGGGGCUAACUUUUAUUUAUAUACUAAUGCGUAUAACAGCCCUGUAGCCAUAUGUAUGUAUAUAUGGAGGGGGGCAGAAAGGAAGCAUUGAUGGAGGCUUUCCUUAUACCUCAGAAAUAGCUUGUUUUUAAUGGGGGAAACUGUUGUUCACUAUUUGGAAUAGAGAAAUGGCAAGCAGAAAAGGGUAAGAUGCAUUCCAAUUACUUCUCUAGUUUUUCUUUUCUUUUUUUAAAAAAGGGCCAUGACUUUGUGUGUUUGAACCUCCCCCCCAGUCCUAGACCAAUACUUUAACCAUAUUUUUAAAAAAUGUUCAAAGCAGCUAUAAUGUAAAGAAUAAAAUUCUAAUCCAAAAAUCAACAAUAAAUAUACAGUCAAACCUCACUUGUGGAAUGUAAUCCAUUCCGGAAGCCCGUUCGGCUUCCGAAAUGUUCGACAGCUGAGGCAUGGCUUCUGAUUGGUUGCAAGAGCUUCUUGCACUCAAGCAGAAGUCGUGUUGGACAUUUGGCUUCUGAAAAGCAUUCAAAACCAGAGCAUUUAUUUCCGGGUUUUCAGCAUUCGGGAACCAAAAUGUUAAAAAACUGAGCUGUUCGACAACCGAGGUUUGACUGUACCACUAUAAACUUAACAAACGGGUAAAAAAAAUCAUCAAAGUCCCUUGGGAUAGCAUGGAAUCAAAAGCCAAAGUUUUUAAAGCUUUUAUUAAAAUAAUGCGGAGCAGGUCAGUCCCUCCUCAUGACUUGAAGUCAUUUUACAGCUCUCCUUAGAGCAACAUAUUCAUAUGGUAUUCAUAUCUCACACACUGAAAAAAUCUGGAGCUGGGUUUGAUUAGACGAAGAGAGUUCUCAAGGGUGUUAGGGUGUCAGGAUUGUUUGCCUGCAACUUGUAGCUAACCCCUCAAUACUCCUCCUAACAACACUGAGAGAUAGGAUAGCAUGUGUAUUCCCAGAUCAGUACUUAGGAAAAUGUAUUUUCAGUUUGUUGAGCAUCUCUCGUGAAAUAAUUAACGUUCUCUUGGGAUGAUGACUAAACAAGGAUGACCUUGUUUUUGUAUGCAUAUGAUGUCUGUAGCUCACAGCCACCAAUCUCCACAUGUACAUGUUGAAGAUGUCAAAUAAAGAAACAGUUAACAACUUUCCUAUCAAGUGACCAAGAUGAAGGAAUGACCCAGUUAGGGAUCUGAUUAGCUAUUGCACAAGGCUUUUAAAUUGUCCCAAAAGAAGGGACUAUUCCUACCCUGUUUUGUCAUCAUUUGUUACAGCACAUAAAAUCAAAUACAAACUCUCAGUUUUGAAACAAGAAUAUUAACUCUGGAGUUUGAAAAGACAGAGGUCAUUUGUCAAUUUUUUUGGCUGUUCCACUUUCAUUGAUACUAUAACAGCUGCUUAAACAUUGUGACAGACAUUUUUUAAAUACGUUUGUCACUUAGGCAUAGGCUGUAUAUGAAGAACAUAUCACUCUGAUGACAAUAGAUGUCAACAUCAGACGUAUUUAACAUUUGUAAGUAUACCCUACUGUACACAGCAUUCAACAAUACAAUUGUCAUUAUAUACUACUUCAGCAUAAUCAUAGCACUUCAUAUACAUUAUCUCACUAACGUUUACAACUAUCCUGUGGUUUAGGUCAGAAAUACUGUAACCAUAUUUGUGAUUAGGGACUGAAUUUGAGAGAUAAAAACCUUGUGCAAGGCCUGCUAGUGAAUUUAUAGCAGAGGGGAGAUUUGAAUUGGUUUAUGUCAUAGAAUGCUAGCCAUUAUUUUACAAACUGAUGUCAUUCAUGAUCUUGGAACCUAUAGCAUGACCUGCUCUCACAAUUCACUUGCAAAUGACAAGGAAUUAAAGUGCUUUUAUAUUUGCAUUCAAUAUUUUACUAGAAGUGGUGCAUGCUGCAGAGUUGCUAUAAGGGGAAACAAGGUCAAGGCUGUAAAGCACUUAUAAUAAUAAACAAUUCAGUAUUACUUAUUUACUGUAUAUGAAAUAUUUGUGAUCUAUAAUAAUGAAAGUAACUAAUGCAAAGACAUAAUACAAGGUGGUGAAGACAUAGUUGCAAGAGAUGCUACUACAAUAAAUACUGGACUGAACCUUCCUUUACCCUUUGAGGGCUUAAACUUUCAUUGAAAUCUGAAAGGGACAGUCUGGCUGUCUGGUCUGGAAUUUGUGUACACUCUUACACUUUGCAGCCUUUGAAAUACUAACUUCUUUGGCUUUCUUAUACAUAUUUAUAGUUAUUGGCUGAAAACAGAUAACAGUUGAAUAAAUUAAUUCCCACUAGUCUCAGGUUGCCAUUUUAUGGAUUGUAUCCAGUUGUAUUACUCCACUUGCAAAAAGCUUUUUGAUCCAAUGGAUACUUCCAUUAGUGUAAAGAGGAUGAAUGAUUUUUGGUAAUUCCUUUUUCCUCUGAAGCCCUAUGUACCCAGCCAAUCUGCUAAAGAAGUGUGAUGGACCUUUGCAACAAAGUGGUAGGUUGUGCAAAGAAAUGCAGUACAUAGCAAAGUUGGAAUCUGUGAAUAUCACCUCUCCCCACCCCAUUUCACCUCUUGAGCACAAAGAAGCAUGAUAUUUAAAGAAAUCACAUGCUUAUUCUGUUAUCUGAAAUUCUUGAUGGGGUCAGUAUUUUCUUUUUGUUAUCUAUUGCUGAUAAAAUAGUUCCAGAGAACACACUCUCCAGAAGCCGCAAUACUUUAGGUGUGGUCCAGUUUUAUAGCUUGACAUUCCAAGUGAUGCUAUAGCUUCUCUCAACAGGAUUCUUGUGAUACCUAGGGAUUUUUAGACCGACCAAGAAUGUGGCAAGAUGGCAAAUGCCCCUGCGGCAUGGAAACGCUUGGUGGGGCACAUGCUAACAAGCAGCUCUGCUAAAUUUAACUUCUUUGGGCCUCUAAUUUUUCCAUAGCUUUACUUUGAAAUUACACAGUGAUAUGUGGUUUGCUAUUCAAAGAGUUCUUCUUAACUAUAAGUUAGGAUAUGUGAAAGACCAGACUUAGCAUCUUUGGAGCAAGCCUGACAUGCAUUGUGCUGACAAUUACAAACUGAAAAUGGAUACUUAGAAGAAGAAAAAGACCUUUGCAAGGCCACAGUAAAGCCAGCAGCCAGCAGCCAGCUCUUACUUUAUUUUGAGUGCAACCCGAAACUAUAAUAUGAGUGAAAGAUUAAACAUUUGCUACAAGGAUCUAUGGAUUUAUACUUUUGAAAGUUUCAAAACUGUAUUGCAUUAGAUACAGUAACUCAUUAUCUCAUUUUUAUUCUGCUUGGUCCCCAAGAUUAUCUCAGAUAGAAUUUUCAAAUUCAUUUUGUUUAUUUUAUUUUGUUUUGUUUAAUUUUUUAUUGGUUUUUACACAGCAUAACAUCCUUUUAAACAUCAUUUCAAAGUUUUUGGCUAUCACAGCCUAAGACUUCCUUCAACCUCGACUGAUGGUUUUCUAAAGCCUUUCUAAUUAUGCAAUUUGUUACUAUAAUUAUUGCUAUAAACUCAAAUUUCCAAUACAUCUAUUCUUAAUUCUUUUCACAAUAAUUUAUAAAUUACUCCUUACAAAACUUCUUUUAACCCUACAAGCGAUGUCAAUUGAUUACAAUUGCUUUCCAAAUAUAUCAAAAACUUAUUCCAUUCCUUUAGGAAAGUCUGGUCCUGAAUUCCCCCUGUUAGUCUCGCCAUCUCUCUUACCACUCUUCUUUAGUUGGUAUUUCUUCUUGUUUCCAUCUUUGGGCUAAUAGUAUCCUGGCUGCAGUUAUCACAUAAAAACAUUUUUUUAUCAUUCUUAUGAAUUUCUGUAUCCACCAUACCCAACAGAAGGGCUUUGGUUUUUUAACAAAUGUGUAUUUCAACAUUUUUUUUAUCUCAUUAUAAAUCAUUUCCUAGAAGUCCUUCACUUUCUUGCAUUCUCACCACAUAUGGUAAAAGGUACCCUCUUUUUCUUUACAUUUCCAACAUUUAUUAUCUGUUUUAUACAUUUUAGCUAAUUUCGCUGGUGUUAUAUACCACCAUUUUGUUUAUUUUAAAGUAGCUUGCAUAUAUCAACAAUUUUGAAACACACAAACAAAAUAAAUUGUGCAGAGGAAGAGGCAUCAGCAAAAAUCACCUCCCCUCUUCUUGCAUUAGUGGAUACCUCUGUUGCUUCAGCAGUGCUUCUGUGUGCAGAAGAUUCCACACAGUAUGUUGAACUAGGAGAGGAUAUUAAGAGAUUUGCUCUGAAUCAGGAUGUUGAAAACCAAAUGAGGAACAGGAACAAAUAUCAAGCAAAGAGAUACAGUGACUAAAUCAGAAAUUGGAGAAACAGAGGGCACUUAAACCAUAUCCACAUGACAGAACUUCUGCUGGGAUGAUCUAUUUGAAAGCCUCUCACCUCAUGUUUUGGCCUGAGGAAAGACUUUAAUUAUGCAAGUCUUUGUCACUAAGAAGGGGAACCAAAGUACAAACCAAACCAAAGUUGUGUUCAAAUGUGGCUCAGCAAAGAAGUUUUCAUUCUAAAGAAGGAUGUGGUUAUUUCCACAAAGAAACAAGUUUUACAUGAUUUAUUUAUUUCUUCUGUCCUUCAGGGUAGUAGUAGUGUCAUGGAAUUCCAUGGCUUAUUUGUGUGUCUUGAGGUAGAUUCACACCAUACCUUUAGAGCGCAUGACUUUCCUGAAGAAUCUUGGGAACUGUGGUUUCCCCUUUACAGAGCUACAACUUUCGGUGCUCUUAACAAACUACAAUUUCCGUGAUCCUUUGGAGGAAGCCAUAUGCUUUAAAUAAAUGUUGAAUUCACUUUACAUGUAUGGUAUGGAUCUGCCAUGGUUUAGCAUUGUGAGAAUGAGCCUUUGCAAACCUGAGUCAUGCAUGAACUUCCUCCCCUCUCCUCUGGAGGAGACUAUAAAUCCCACUUCUGGUUUAGAUUAACCAUAGUUUUAGUCUGUUGUCUGAACCCUAACUGUAAUCUUGAGUAUAGUAUGGUUAUACAAAACAAGCCAACUUCAUAAACUGUGGCUUGUUUCAUUUCAUCAUUGUUGAAAUUAACUACCAUUUGUCCAGGUUUGAGUGAGACAGAAAUCUACAAUCAAUUCAAAAUGGAAACAGAAGCUUCUGAACACUUCUCUGUAGCUAUGAGAGAGGAGAGGUACAGUAGUACCUAGGUUGUUGAACUUAAUCUGUUCUGGGAGUCUUCCGAUUGGCUGCAGGAGCUUCCUGCACUCAAUUGGAAGCUGCAGAAGUCGCGUCAGACAUUUGGCUUCCAAAAAUCGUUAGCAAACUGGAACACUCACUUCCAGCUUUGCAGGGUUCGCGAGCUGAUUUGUUCAGGAGCCAAGCCAUUUGACAACCAAGGUACCACUGUACUCAGAUUCGUCCAGUUUAGAGUGUUCAUUACACUCAAAGGCAGGGAGGUCUGUAGGUACAGAACAACAUGUUCAGAGCAACAGAAUGAUACAAGUCUCUUGGUAGAGCUGGUUUGAAUCAGAUUUAUUAUGUGUUCUCUCCAGGCAGUUUUAAUUCCUUUGCCACAAAGUAGAUUUCAUUCUGCUUUAGAAACACAAAUCAUUUCUUUAAGGAUUUGUUCUGCAACAGAUAUUGCACAAUGGAAACUCAAUUCCUUUGUGAUAUGUCUGUUCCUUGUGUUUUGACAUUGCAUAGGCACCUUUGCUGUACACUUUUCAGUGCCUGCUUAAAUCAUUUUUGUUCAGGCAAGCCUAUCCAGACAUAUUGACAUGUUUAAUAUAAACUGUUUUUGUUGAUAAUUACAAUAUUUCUUGUAAACCACAUAGAGGUUUCACUAUAGCCAAGUGAAAUGUAAAGUUUAUUAAAUAAAGUGAAUAUGUGCUAGAGAGAGAUUGCUUGCUGGUUAGUGUAUAUACCUCAAUAUGUUUCAGACACAUUUCAAAGGAAAUUUAAUUCAUUUUCCCCUUCCUUUCUAUCUAAUGAGAUGUAGUUGUAAAUCAAGAAGAUAUUAAGUUUCUUCUUUAGCCAAAUUUAAAUUUUUUUAGUGUUUCGCAGACUGACUUCACAGAAUUGCCUUCCAUAUAAAUGGGCUUAAGACAAAAGCCUAAGCAUAAGUUCACACAUGCAUAUUUGGUAGUCGGUGACAGAAGCAUCAAGUAUAGGUUGCAUGUGAGAAUUAGAAUGAGUUCCAUGUGAUGGUACUUCAAAGGCAGUUUACACAAUAAGUCAACAAGGUAUGCUAAUAACAUUGCAUGUUCAACAUACAACGUUCAAUUUACAUAUACUACUAGAUUCAUGAAUACAAGCUCAACAUAGUGGAAUACAAAAAUCCAAAGCUGCCAUUCUAGGCACGCUUGGGGGCGGGAUUAUGGUGAAAUCAUUUGGGCUCAUAAAUGAAUGGUCUAUGAUCCAAAGCUGUUUGGACUCUCCACUGUGCACAUAAAGCUCUUCUUUAUGUAAAAUUUAUGGAAAUUUUUAAGCCAUGGAAAACAACCAGUUUUGCAACAGCAGGAAGUUCCAAAGAAUAGGUCUGAGUUUCUCCAUUGAUUUCAGUAGAAAUAGAAUUUCUUCGUUAAACUGAGCAGGAAACUCCUAGUAGGUGGGGGUCUUGAUGCAUAUUUUAAAGAUUUCAUGACCAUAUGAAAUAGGUAAAUUGUGGUCAGUGUUUCAUACUUGUAUGCAAGAAGUUCAUUGAAUGCCAGACAUAGAUGUUGAAUUGUUUUCUUUCUCGCUGGCAAACAGUUAAAUGAACAGCAGCAAGGUAUAAGGAUAUAAAAUAUUAUCAUGUAUAUUAUCACUUUUGAAAGAUUAUUUACCUCAUGUAAAUUAUAUAAUCUGAUAUCAGGGCAUCAGCUGGCAUCAUUAAAAACCAUUUGUUAGACAUUGUAUGCUUGCAGGUAAACUAAACAGCUCUUAUUGAGCUCAGGACAAAGUGUGAACAGAGAAAGCCCAUUUACAAGAAAGUUCUUCAUGUGAAUUCCUGCAUUGCUGUUAUUUAUUAGGAUGCAUGUUGUUCUGUGGCUUUUCUUCAUGUAAUGAUUCAGAGGUACAAACUCUAUGUAGGGUACAAGUGUGGCCAGAAUACAGGAUAAUCUUUGCUUGAAGGUUGAUACUUCUUUCAGUGUACAGAAGACAAGAUCCCAUUGCUUGGAGAAGCACAAUAAAGUAUUCUUCAUUGAUUCUUUAACAAUGAAAGGCCGGUUGCAUUUUCAGGAAAUGGCUACAGAACAAGCACAACAAUGUAUUUAGAGAUGGUUGACAUGUUAGUAUGUUGCAGCAAAAACAGCAAAAAAAAUAUUGUGGCACCUCAAAGAUUGACGCAUUUAUUAUAGCAUAAACUUUUGUGGAUUAUGUGGAGUGUCGAACAGAGUUGCUGGUACACAUAGGUGCCAACUCUAUAGGGCAGAGGUGCCUGCAGCCCCCCUCCCCCAAUGUCUUUUGGGAUGGGGCUGAGCCCCCCCUCCAUCUUGAAGGGAUGGAGGAGGCCAAGCCCUUCCUCACCUACCUGCCCCCCUCUCCCUCUCCCUCCCCCCUCUCCUACCUUUGUCCUAACUUUUGCCUCAAUUCAGUAUGUUUUCACAGAUGUGAGGAAGGGCUGUAACUUUAGCAGAACACAUGCUUUAUGUGUGGAAGGUCCCUGACAUCUCCAGGCAGGGGUGGAGAGCCAUCACAAAUCAGCUAGCUGACCAAUAACUCAGUAGAAGGCAGCUUCCUAUGAUGCAAACAUGCUUGCCCUCCCUUUGCUGUACAUGAUGCACUACUUAUUGUGGGUGAUAAUGGCCUCUCAGGAUGUAGCUACUAAAAUAUGAAAUCAGUAUCCCAGAAUUGCAAGCAUGGAUACACUGCCAGAAUUGUCUGUGUUGUUAUGUGACUGCCAAGGGCACCUAUUGGUUAGUACAUGUGAACAGAAAGUGUAAGCCUCAUUAAACUCAGAAAGUCUUAGCUCUGAGUAAACAUAUUUAAGAGUGGGCUGUAAAUAUUUCUUUUAACUUCAAACAUGAAUUAUUAUUAUUAUUAUUUUAGGGAAGCAUACAUUUGAGGUAAAUGUGACUUUUAUUCCUGUAUUCUUUAGGAGAAGAAAGCAAUGGACCUUUAUUUGAAAAUUUAUCAAACACAGAUUCAGAACUGCCUUGCAACUCUGAGGUAAGGUUUAACUGUGGGCACAGUUCGUUUUAUAAAAUGUGAUUUUUGAUACUGAAAGGGAAGUAAUGCUGUGGGUAAGUGAAAACCUCAUUAGAUUGCCAUUAAUCUCUCAGGGAAGGCAUAAACUUUAAUAUUUAGAAAUUGGCUUCUAAGAAAUCAAUUAUAGAAUUCGCAGGGGAAAUUGGAAGACAAAAAGAGUGGAAUGCAGGGCCUUGCCAGUCUACAGAAGACAAGCAAAAUGGAGCCAGGAAAGUUUGUCCACCCUAAAUUCCAUUGUGCAGCAGAAUUGUGCAAGUGCCCCCUAAUCUAGGAAACUGCAUAUAGAAGCCUGGUUACAUGUGUGAAUUGGUUAGAUGAUUAAGCUGAUGAAUGUUACAUGAAAUCAAAUAAUGUUACGUGAUUCAGAUAUGAGAAAACCAUCUAUGCCUUGUGUUUGUAUUCCCAUGUGAUACAAUAAUAGUAUUAAUUCACAGCUCUCAUAAUAGUUAAUGCUAUACAUUACUUUGCAUAGCUGGAAGAAUAGUCUAACCUAGUUCAAGGCAGCUUCCUAUAUCUUAAUGUAAAGUGUUUUUUAACAACCCAACUUAAACUGUAUUUAUUUUAUAUAUAUUUAGCGCUGUAUGUAUGUAUGUAUGUAUGUAUGUAUGUAUUUAUUUAUUUAGGCUGAUUAUUAGAAAGUCUUGAUUUGAUAUUGGUAGCCCACUUGUUGUAUACUUUGGUUACUGUAUGUACUUGCUCUUGUAAAUAUAUAUUCUCUUCAUUACUUUAGUGAAAUUGUUCAGGUUGCGAAUCGCAUACCUAUCAUAAGUUUAAUGAGUUUAAACACGUGGUAGUAUUUGAGGGCAUAUACCGGUACUAUGUGGGAAGAGCAAUCCUUUAUUCCCAUACACCAGGAGAAGAGCUGUGCUUUGACUACACUGGUACAACAUCUGCCAUAUUCUAGACUCACCAUCCCAGAAAAACACUCUGCUCCAAAAUAGAGUAACAGCAACUGCCACACCCCAUCGUCCAUGGCAGUGGAGUGAGGCAAUGGUGUGGAUUUGAGGUUGAGGUUGCAGAGAUGUCCCCAUGUUAACCAGAUGUAGGAGGAGUCAAUCUCUGUUCUCUCAGAAAAUACACACCUGCCAGAUAUAAUGAUGUCGCAGCAUCUUCCAGUUUGUGAACCACCGUUGAACAAGCACGAAGAGGCCAGUGUAUGUAUCCCUGCACACAGAAGUUUAUUUUCCUUUGCACCAUAAACUGUUCACAGGUACUGUUUAUUUUUAAACACAAUAGCCACAUAUUGACAGCAAUAAUGCCCAAUGCCAUAGGGCACAGAGCUGGAAAAUGAGGUGCAAGUUCAAGACACACUAGAGGAAUGGGGAGGGCAAUAUGAUUCUGCUCACUUUUGCAAUUAUAUUUCAAGGCAAAUGUAUUUUUGCUUUAUUGGGUAAAGCCUGUGUGUAAAUCUGAUACUAAAAUUGUAUUUUUUUGGCUUCUGGUUGCAAAGCAAAUGUAAAUUCAGUAGCUGCAUCGAGGCUACACAUAUUUAUGAUAAAUAUGGGCAGAUAUUUGCUACUUCAAUUAAGUUUUUUCAGCAUUUUAAAUUCUGAUUUCUUUACAAUAAUGUACAUGCAAUGCAUAGUAUACAAGAUGAGUUAUGGAUAAGCCAUUACCAAAAUGUUUUAUGAGUAUGCAUUUUGAGUAGUAUUUAUUGUGAUGAAUGUUAGCCUAAAAUUAGUUCUGCUUGGCUGCCAUACUUUCACAUAAUAAAUACCUUAUCCACUUUGCUUGCUGCAAUAGUUACUGUCCAAUAUAUUCUGUUGUACAUCUUUAUCUAAUUUAAAUACAAAGGUGAUCACUUGUUUGAAUUUUUGUGCUAGAUGCUCAGUGACAAACUUGAAUCCAGUUUAAUUUGUGGAUGAAUAUAACCAUCUGGCUUUUAUUGUCUAAUACUGUAACUUACUCAUGCACUCAUAUGCACUGGACUGAAAUUAACCUAGAAAAAUUUGCACAUCUUGUUUCAUAUUCCCUACCUGUAUUUGAAACUAACGCAUCAAACAUUUGUCUUUAUAUAUCUUCAUGCAUCACCACUAUACACCCCGCUCAACUGCCAGUUUAAACUCAUGUUUUGAGAUCAUUGUUGGAAAACCUUGUCCUAAGCAUUUGUUUGACUCGCGACGGGAAGGCGGAAAAUGAGGCCGCAUGGCUGGCGCAGCAGUAAGUUAAACUGCAAACCACGCACCCUCCAAGCUGCCCAGUUGGGCGCUUACCUGUGGGCGUGGUGCGCCAGCCAGGUGAGUGGGAGGCAGACAUCGCGUCCCGCCCACAACCCCUCCCCUCUUUGCAAGAGGAGAGGCUUUGUUAUUACAUAAAACGUUAGAUCAUUUUUCAUACCAAAUUUACUCACUUCUUGAGGUAUACAGCAAACUUCUAAUUUACAUAGUAAAUUUGAUUGUAUUCAAGAGACCGCUAGAUUAUAGAAAUUUACAAAAGCUUUUAGUGACCAACAGGAAAUUUAUUAUGAUAAAAAUGUAAAGAAAGCUUCCUUUCCCCAUCAUUUCCAAAUGUGGAAUAAAACUUACCAAAACCAUAGCCUUUUUCUAUUUUUAUUAGAUAGAAACUUUUAUUCCUGUUCGCAAACAGGAAGAUAAUAACCAUGUAAAACAUAAAUUACUGUGGUUUAAGUUUCCUCACUUUAUUUCCUCACAGGAAAUAAAGCUGACAGGUGGCUAUGGCAGUCUAUUGUUUCCUUGAGAAUUAAACUGGAAAUUACUCACUGCUGCUUUAAAAACACAUACAAACCCUGCAAGGCUUCAUGGUUACUGCUGGGUUUUUUGUUUUAAGCACCCUGCAGCUUUUGCAUCAACACUAAUCCCAUUAUAUUUUUCUCAUGAUGCCACUGGCAGGGCCUAAGUACCACUGAGACUACAUUACUCAUCUCUGAUCUUCAAGGGGUAAGCAGCAAUCAGUGGCAGUGGUUAUGCAUCCCUGCAUGAAUAGUGUUGUCUCUUACUGUAUGUCAAAAUGCAACAACAGCAAAAAAAAUAUUUUCCAGUUUUCUUAAGAUAUUUGGGACAUCCCUUCAACAAUCUGUGCAAUAGACUCUCCAGAACAGUGUGGAAGGUAAAAUGGGAGACUGCAUGAGAAAUCAGCAACAAUGAUCCUCCUUUCUCUUAUAUUAGUAGACACCUCUACAAAAGCCAUUCUGCAAAUGCAAUGGUGACCCUUGCUUUUCUUCCUUUGACUUACAGUAUCAAGAUUUCAGAAAUAAGGGUAAUGUCUGUUUCUGAAAUGACACUUUAGAAUAAGCGAUUAAACUUUAGAUAUGGAAUCUUUGUCCAUCCAAAAAUUAAAUAAUUCUUGUCUCUUUAAUUGCCUAGUGUUCUCAGUUUGCUGGCAUUCAUUUUAAUCAUUAAAAUGGACAGUGGUAUCAAGGACUGAGAGUACACCAAAUAUAAAGUGACAAAUCUGCAUAAAAUUGCCACACAAUGCUGAAAACUGGAAACUGUUUUUUUUUUUAUUUCUUGGGUUUGCUGUGGAAUGAGUUGCUAUUAUGUGUUUGGAUCUUUUCUGCUGUUUUAACAGGACUUUGGGGUUAUUUUCUACCACCUUGCUCAUUCAUCUGUCAGUGGGAGUCUGCAUGCCCCUUCUGAAUAAAUGGACUUUCAACACCCCCUUGUCUUGUACUGAAGCAAGCAUAAAUGUUGGGCAGUGGGGAGUUCCUAAUGGAUCAGUCUGAAAAAUGAAGUCCAAUAAAGUGUAAUGCUUUGCUUUAUUAAUUACUGUAACAACAUGCAGCUAGUGAAAGCAGGAUAAAAAUGGUAUCUGUUAAUAUUCUUAACAUGGUAUCUCACUUUUAAUCCAAUGAAUUUUGAAUGGAGUUGGAGCAGUCUGCCUUUCAGGUACACCUAGAUAUCCUUAGCUUGAUGGAUGAAAUUAUAUGAGGUGGCCGCUGACUUCUUACUAUCAUUGUGUAUUGGUAUUACUAAUACUGGUGUUACUUUUCCAUUUAUUUAUCUAUCUGGUUUGUGGUGCCCAAUUGAUAGAUCUUUAUCGUUAUUUACUGUACUGCCCUUGGAUUCUAAGCCAAGAGAAAGUUAUAACUCUGGAUUUACAUUUAUUUAUUUGACGUGCUUAAGUGAAGUAGGCCUGUUUUAAUUUUUUUUCCUUACCUAAUAGCUUCCAUGAAUGUUUGUCUUUUGUAUGGUUUUAAUCAGUGCUUUUUUCCCCUAGGGGGACGCUGAGGUACGCAUACCCCUAAACAUUUUGUGAAUAUAAGUUUGGCCUCAUUGAGGGGCAGUAUUUCAAUAUGUGUAGGAAAAUGAGAGUACCCCUAAACUUUGUUUUUUUAAAAAAAAAACAGGUUUUAAUUAAUAAGUUAUAUAAUAUUUUGUACAAUUAAGCAAUAUAAAGUUUGUAAUUGUGAAAUAUAACUCCAACACAAUGUGUUGUGAAUUUAAAGAUCUGGAAAAAUAUCGCUGUGACUUUUUACUGCUUUUUAUGACCAUAUAUUCUUCCAUGGUAUUCCUGGUCAGUUGAUCGCUCACACUUCCAUCCCAGAAACCUGUUAGCAGACUUUGGUGAUAUCUUGGGUAUCUUACAAUACAGUGCAUAUGCAUCAUGAACAUCAUCUCCUUUUUGUGCACCAAUUUUAUUUCUAAAGUGAUUUGUUGUACUGUACAUGUGCAGAUUGCCAAACUGUGGUCUGUGGACCCUAGUGCUCCAUGAGCUUUAUCUAGGUGAUCCACAGCAUGUCUGCAUCAAACACUCAUAUUUAUUUUUAAUUGUAUUUUAUUGCUUCGUUUUUAUGUAUUUUAUUGUAUUACAAUUUGAAAUUUAUGGCAUGCAAACUGUAAUGCAAUAAAAUACAUGAUAAGAAAUAAAUGAAGCAAUAAAAAAGCAAUUAAAAAUCAUCUAGCACGGUGCAUCACGAUUGCUACAAGAGGCAGAAAAAUCAAUAAAUGGUCUGCCAAGACCUUCAGCAAUUUUUAAGUUGUCCACAGGGAAAAGGGUUUGGGAACCACUGGCAUAUGCAGCAAAUAAUUCUUACAGUAUUCAUCUGAUACAAUAAAUGUAUAAGCAAGUAUUAUUAAAAAAAGAAACACCAAGAACUCUUCUGUUAAUAUAAUUUGGUGGUGGAGGCCGUAACCAAAAUUUGCUUUUCUUAGCUAUGUUACUGGUGGCUGACCUCUUAUUUGUUUUGGAGCUAGCAGCUACCUUUAGGGAAUGAAGUGCUAAAAGCUUGUACACAACCUACUUAGCUGUUAGGGUACAGACAACUUGGAUCUUGCUUUGACUUUUUAAAUAAGAGGGCACUGAAACUGGUUUUAAUCAUAUUGUGGUAAAAGCCUCAGGACAGAAAUAAAAUGUGAGGCUUUUAUCUGUUCUUAGCUUUGUGAACUGGAGGGCAUAUCCAUUCUUCCAAUUUUGCUUUGGAGCAUGUAACUAGAAGCAAGGGAAACUGCCUCAGAGAAAACUCUCGCCCCUGCAUGGAAUGCCUCCUUUUCCUUCGAAAAAUACUUCUGAUAGCAAUAACUGCACUGCCCACUACAUAGCUCUGAAAGUUCUCCUUUACUGCUAUGUGGACAGAAAGGGAUGUAGGUGGCACUAUGGUCUGAACCACUGAGCCUCUUGGGCUUGCCAAUCAGAAGACCAGCAGUUCAAAUCCCCACGACGGGGUGAAUACCCGUUGCUCUGUCCCAGCUUCUGCCAAGCUAGCAGUUUGAAAGCAUUCCAGUGAAAAUAGAUAAAUAGGUACCACUGCGGCGGGAAGGUAAAUGGCGUUUCCAUGUGCUCUGGUUUCCAUCAAGGUGUUCCGUUGUGCCAGGAAUGGUUUAGCCAUGCUGGCCACAUGACCUGGAAAGCUGUCUGUGGACCAACGCCUGCUCCCUCGGCCUGAAAGCGAGAUGAGCACCACAACCCCAUAGUCGCCUUUGACUGGACUUAACCAUCCCGGGGACCCUUUACCUAUUUUUCUUUUUUACGUAUGUGGACAGACUAGUCAUACAUAUAUUUCAGCGUGGGCACAUAAAUGCAACUUGGGGUGUCUGCAGGUAUAGCUAUAGCUUCCUGGCAUCAAAUUACCUUGAUUGUAAACUUCCAGCUCUUGUGAUAACAGGAAUUGAAUGCAAAAUGCUCAGUCUGUAUUUGUCCGUGGGUGUCUCUUGGAGCACAUUGUUUUCUUGUUGUGAAUGUGUCAUGGAGAAUUAAAGAACCAGAUCUCCAAAAAUGAUAUCUUGAAUGUAUGAUAUACAUAUUAGAACUUAAGGUCUAUGUAAGCAUAUAUUGUCUUUGAAAUAAGUAUUCUUUAUUAUGGCAGGUUUUAUUACUGCAGCCAUAACUUUCUGAUCUGGAAAAAUGAGUCUUGUUCCUGACUUUACGCAAUUGUAGAUUUAGGUUUUUAAAGAAGUAGUGUGGUGACAUGCUAAUUCCCUGUUGGUUGUUCCAGAAGGCUGGAAGGAGAUACAAUCUGUUCCUGAAGCAACGUCUCAGGGUAAACCAUAGAGAGCUGAUACUGCUAAUAGCUUGGAUGGCUGCAGUGAUAACAAGCUUCACUAUGUGAUGUCUCUGGUUAAUUGGGAAUUAAAUUUGUAGCCUCAAUAGUCUUUAAAUAAAGAAUAGUAGUUUGCAUAAUAUAAACAAGAACAGAAUUUAGACCAGAAAACGCCCCCAAUAAUGAUCAGUGAUUUUUAGCUUGUUUCUUAAAACAAAACAAACCCACAGCCACCCUAACAUAAUUUCAUGUUAAACUUGAUGACAGCAUCAAAGCUCUGCCUACAUGACUGCAAACCUUAUCCAAUUAUUUGACAAUUGGACAUUAUAUGAUAUUUAAUUUCUGACCGGGGUUUUUCAGCAUUGAAAACCUUUGUAUUAGGGUGAACUUGAUAUUACUAGAGACUCAUUCUAAUCAUUUCAAGGUACUGAGUACCAACUGCAAGGUACUGAAUACAAACCUAAUUGUAGAUUAAAUUAAGCUCUGUUUUGCAUGCAUAUGUUGGGAGAAACUGCAAUUGCUGUAUUGGACCAAAUUCCUUCAAACACCCAACCACCAUGCAUUAGAUGGACAUUUGCAUAGCAGCUGUUGUGAUUUUUGAGUCUGCUUUCCACACAGAAAUAAAGCGCUCAGGGAUAUCCCAUAAGAUAACAUGGAACAAAAAGCAUAAUUAAGAGUCAGUUCAACAGUGUGAUAAAAGCAACAUAUGACAUUGUAGCAAAAUUAUGAAAAGGUGCAAAUGACACUUGAAAUUCUGUGUCACAAACACACCCAAAAUUCAGCUAGCAGAAUAAAUAAUAAUAUGGGCUUCAUAGUGGAAUGAAAAUGAAGAGCUACCUUGCAUAAUUGUGAGAAUGAAUAAAACCAGUGCUGCAAAGCAUUUGGCAUUACAUAUAGCCUAAAUUUCUAUAUAUGGUUGCUGCUGCUACUACUGAUGGCACCAAGUCUAGUGGAAUUCAGAAAGGUAAACUUAGGAUUUUAUUGUUUGUUGCAUUUGUUCUCCACCUAUCCAUAAAAAAUUACAAAGGCAGAUAGCACUAAAGUCCACAAAAUCAAUUGGCUUGACUGCACACACCAUAAACAAUAGUACAGUAAAAUCAGAUAAGAAACCCAAACAGCGGAAGCCAGUUAAAAACAUAAUUCAAUUUAAAACACAGAGCAGCCGAGAAGAAUGACUCAGAAGGGCAGUGUCUGGUUAAAUAAAAAUAUUUUUUGCCUGCAAUGCCAUCCAAGGUCCCUACUGAAGUUUAGCCUAACUCAUAAGGGACUUGACUUGGUGCAAAAAAAAUUCUCAAAUUUACUCUGGUAAUGAGAUAGCUUUAAGAAGGCCUUGCAGUAAAGGAAGCCUCUAGCUUAAGGCACCCACUGCUGUCCAGGGUAUAUAAUUGCCAAUUUAUCGCCAACUUUUCCCCCUCACUAUUUCCUUGCACAGUACAUUUGGGAAGCGGAGGGAGACACAGUACUGGAGGGUUGGCAAUAGAAGGCUACUGACAGGGAGUUUUCCUUGACUUGGUCUUUCCAAGUUUUGUUGGAGAAUUCUUGGGCAAGCCCUGAGACUUCACUAAUGAAAUUCAGAAUAGUCAAGCCAAUUAUGAAGCAAAUCGGAAGGAAACUCACUUUACAGCUAUGCGAUUAAUAGUAAUCUUCUAAGUGCAUAAAAUAAAAUUAAAACUAGCUGAAAAAGAUACCACUCCCAGAUUUAUGGAGUCUUUAUGGAAGCAAGUACCUCUAUAACAUUACUUAUGUACCAAAUUUGUUCCCACAUUUGUUACUGCAGAAUCCAAAGUCAGCUAGAUUUUGUUGCUAAGCGUCUGUUGCCUUCUUAAAUAUUUAUUUAAAAAACAAUGACAGGUUUUCUUUACUUUCAGAACCACUGCUGUGCUUCCUGCUUUCACAUAUUGCAAGUGUGUUCUUUUAACAGCAGAGUGUUAUUAUUUUACAGUACAAAAUUAUGCUAGGACUAAAAUAACCUUUUCAGUGUUUGCAAUUGCUUCUAAAAGCAGACAUUUAGACAAAAUGUAAAAAGAAUUUAAAGAUUGUUGUCUUUUGUCAUUGUAUGUUGCAUUUAACAUGUCUGAUGUAUGGCAGGUGAAUAACAUUUAUGUGCAAUGGGCUUCAGAUGUUCUUUUUCAUAUAUUUCAUUCAGUCAAAUGUGUGACUUGAAAACAUCUGUGAUGUAUGGGAGUGUGUGAACUUGUUCAUGCAUGGAGAGGGGUCAGUAGUGUGAGUGACUGUCUGGAAAUUAGAGAUUAAUAGAAGAGGGCAAAUGCGAGGAAAUGUAAAGAGUACACACACACACACACACACACACACACAAACACACACACAUUACAUCCAUGAAUUAAGAAGCAUUUCCCUCAAGUUAUUUCAUAAAUCUCAUACUUCUUUCAGAAAUAGGAGACUGAGUGCUUGAAACAAACUGGAAGAUGUGUGGUUUUCUGCCAUGUUUAUAAGCAGCCACAAAUAUUAAUAGUGUACAUUAUAUUCUAUAUAGAUUGAUAAACGCCAUCAAAGCAAGGACUCUGUUUUCUUCAGGGAUGGUGUCCGGCGAAUAGACUUCGUACUUGCAUAUGUAGAUGAUCCAAAAAUAGAAGGAGAAAAAAAAGUGGUAAGUUUCUUUUAUGACAUUUUCUGACAUUUUAUGACAUUGGGAAACAAAUGGUUGCUUCCUGUUUUUGCCUCUUUUAUGACCAGAAAAUACCAGCUCCUAGCAAUUUACUGAGGCAUGAUGUAGUUCUGUCUGAAUUUCUGUUCUAAGUUGGCAUCUACUUCUUCAGAAGUGUCAGGAUGCCAUUCUAAGUGUUGCAUUCUUCACUGUUAAUGAUUCUGCUCUAUACAUUUAAUAUUAUCUGUGUAAAGUUCUGUUAAUGCCUGUAUAUAUCUUCUAAAUAAUCAUAAUAUAGCUUUUAAAGUAUAGAUGUGCUGAGUGGUGCCAGUUGAGCUGCAGCAAUCGUGUGGUUAUCCUAAAAGAAAGGGUGGGGAGCAGCAGCUUCUUUUCUCUGAUGACGAUAGCACCAUUUUGACUGCAGGUCUGAGCACUAUUUUGUGUAAUUGGACAGUUCAUAGAAUCAUAGUUUGUGUUGCCCUUCAAAUAGUCAGUGAAACAACAACAGACUUAGUGAAUUACUCAAGAUUAAGAUUGUUUGCAGUUCCUCUUGAUGUUGGAGAUUGCAGUCAUGUCUAGCACACGUGCUUCCCUUAAUUGUAUGAAAUUAGCCAACUGGUACUUCAUUGCACACAUGGGAAUGCUCAGGUACUGUAGUGUUCUUGGUCUAUCCCUCAUUCCCUUGCUGGUAGAAAAGUCUCUGGGAGGGAUUCAACUCAUGAAUCCUAUCAGCAGAAGCUCUGUGCAAGGACAUUCACUUGUGCAACAGCCCCUCCCUUUUCCGCAUGCCCCCUGAAAUUGGUUCUGGGGGAUUUUGGGAGAAACACUGAAACAGCAUGUGUGGGGAGAAGAGGGGGAAUUGUUUUGUUUGGCAAGCCAAAAUGCUUGACCUGACAGAAGGAUUGCCUCACUGCAAUGUUGGAUUCCUCUCUCAAUGUAGGAGAGGAAUGUAUGCUUAGACACUGACUUUUUGCAAGAAAACUCAAGGUCAUGGAGCCCUGAAACACUGUUAGGAAAAAAUUAAAUAGACCUCCAUCUCAAUGUGACUUGCCUUUAUAAUCAAAACAAUUUAUUUCCAAAUGUAUUGGAAACAUAUGUUGUUGCAUAGCUUACAUAAGAUACUAUAUAUUUUCAGGGGUCCAGUACACUAAUCAUAAACAACAUUUCAGCAAAUGUUUUUUGUUUACCCAUCUAGUGACUCACAAUGCUGCCAGAGUAGUUUGAGAACCAGGCUGUAAGCAAUUUAGAUUUCCUUAUCCACAAAAGCAUAGAAAUAAUCUUAUCUUCUAAGAUGGGGUGGGAACUUUGUCCUCGGUACUUUGUACCACAUCUUGUGUUAUAUAGCUGUUAUAGACAACAGCAGGGAUAGCCAAUGUGGAGCUCUCCGGAUGCUUAGACUACAGUUUCUAUCAUUCCUCACCCUUGGCCAUGCAGUUAUCAACAACAUUUAUAGGGUUCAACACUGGCUACCUCUGCACUACAGAGAAAGCAGAGACAGCUUUGCCUAUUGCUAAUCAAUCACUUGGCAAUGAAUAGAGGGGAUUGUAUACUAAAUUGGUUUCCUGGUCAGGGCUCUUUUCUGGUGGUGUAACCCUACAUGAUUUUCUUGGGACAACAGUACUUCAGAGAUCCCAGCUACCAUCCUGUACUGAUAAUACUAUUUUCCCUUUGAGACCAGGGGGUUCUCCAACUGCGUUCUAAUUAUUGAAAUUAAUAGGCCUAAAUUAGUCAUGUCCAUUAAUUUCAGUGAGUUUAAACUUAGUUGGCUAUGACCCUGGCUUAUGUAGAAUCAGGUGAGCAAUGUAUGAAUCCCACAAUGUGACUAAUAGCUGUUGCUCAACAUACAAGUCUGUAUGGUCUUAGGCAAUAAUGCAGAAGACUUGCAGGCUCCAGUGACUGAAUAACUGGAUCAUUUACUGAAUCAUUUGGCAGUUUCCUGGGGUUUGCUUACAUGACCUUAAGUCUCAUUGUAAUAUGCAGCACUAGAAAGUUUUUGGCUUUUUAGGUUGCCUUUGCUUUUUUAUAUUGGCUUGUUCUGCAUGUUUUCUGAUGGCAGUUUGAAGAUUAGACUAUGAGCAAUUUGGAUGCCCUUAUCCAGUGUAGCAUAUCACUAAUGCCAAAGACUGAGCACUGUCGUAUUUCUGUUCUUGUGCAAUUUGAUGAUAACUGUUCUACUAUAGGAUGGUUGGAUGUGUUUUUAAAGCACUACAUAUGCCAUAUUACUUUUGUAUCUCAAUUGUUCCAUGGCUUUCAGAAUGCAAUGUAAAGAGACGAGAUAAUACAUGGCAUGUUAUCCUUAAGUUUGCUAAUUAGAACCUUUACUGCACAGAAUUACUCAAUUAAAAAAAUGCAUAGAUAACAUACACAUAUUCUGUAUGUAAUCCUUAGGAAAGAGAUCAUCCUGUGGUCUCACCUCUGGUAGGAACCAUUUGUACAUGAGGCCUAUGCACCCAAGAUAGUUUGCAGAUCCAUAGUUAAAUCUUUCAGUUGCAGUCAGACAGCAAGACUGAGCUUUUGCAACACUGUUCAAGUUUCACUGUCUUUUUCCUUUGGGAGUUGUUUAUUGUGUUCCUUUCUUUUUGAGACUGUGUGAGGACUUCCUUUCUGAAGAAUGGAGAGUUUAGUACAGCAUCAAGGCCAUUGCUGAUAGCAAACUAGUCCUCAAAGAAAAAAUUAUGGAGAGACUGCUUUCCUGUCCCAGUUUGUGUCGACCCCAGCUUGACUUCUUGUUGGUUUAAAAAGCCCAAACCAUGGAACUGUAACAAGUGAUUUUCUUUUUGCUGCAUUAAAAACUCUCAGACUGAAGAUCAUCUGGAAUGUUUUUGAGGGUUACUCUAUGGAAAUAAACUAGAAGGUUGACUAAUCUUAACAGAGAUAUUAGUUUUAACAUCUGCCCACUGCCUGAAUACAUUCAGUCCAAUUAUAUGUCAUUGGAAGAAGCAAAGCUGGAGGCGUUGUCAGAUGUAAAGGUUUACUUAGCAACGUCUCCCGUUUAAGCAGUGAACUCUAACAAUGGAUUUUUAUUUUAUUUUGCUAUUAUAAUGGAUUUGGGCUUGAUACUUUGUUAAGGAUUGGGGGGAAAAUGCAUGCAGUGUCAUACUGCACAGUAACUGCUAGGAAAUCUCAUGCAUUGCUCUUUCUGCAGCACAGUGACUUGGCAAUGUUCUGUGGGCUAAGAAUAGAAGCAUUCUUGGGAAAACAUCUGAGAGCUGCACAGUCUGGAAGUCUGUAUGCUUUGUUUUGCAGACAUAUGCUAGUGGAGCACUUAAUUUUUCAUACAAAGAAAACUUUUAAAAAUCAUUUCCAUUUUCAGCAGAACCUUAAAAUGUAUCAACGAGAAGCUGAAAUGCUGUCUAAUAGAAAGAGUUGGUUCAAUGCUGCAUGCCAACACGCUCUAGUGCAUGCCUAAGCAUAUUUAUUUGGAAUUUAUUGGGAAUUUAUCCACUGUUGCACAUAUCAUUUUCACUUAUGGUUUGUCCACCUAGUAGAUUUUCCUGGUGCUAGUCUUGUUGAUUUUACUAAAGAACCAAAAUGGUAAUAAUCAUUUGCCUAAAAUAAAAGGCCCUGUUCCGUUUGUCUCCCCCCCCCCCCCUCAUGUGGACUGUGCCAUCUUGUAGGCAGUAAUCACAAAUGCAAAACAUGCUUUACAAUGUAGGACAUCUAAGAGAUGUGAAAGGGAGACUAUUGAUGAUGCCCUCCAAAGAGUCGUAACAAAACGAAAGCCUUGCACGAGAACCCCUGAAUUAUAAUACAUGCACUGUAAACAUGUUAUCACUUUGCUGACUGUUUGAAGGUUAGGAGCAAACAGCACUGUUAUCUGAAAGUGAACUUCUUUUUACAUUGAUAGCACAACUUUUCUCUAAGAUAACAUGUAUUAUCUGUUCAUUAUAUUAAACUUCUUUCAGAAUCAUUAACUUUAAUCACUGGACUUUGGUGCCUAUUUUUUAUCUUCAUAAAACUGUACCAUGUGAAAUUGAAGUCUGCCUUCAACUGUUACCCUGGGGGUGAACUUGGGAUGGGUCUACAAUAUCAAACAGGAAGUCUGUUAAGGAAACUGUUCAAGUCAUUCUAAAUAGGUGCUGAUAAAUAUUAUUUUUGUUUGUUUAGUUACUGCCUUUUACACGUGAUUUAUAGUCCUACCAUAAAACAGAAAACAAUGCAAAAUGGUCACCUAAGGCAGGGACAUUUUCAACUAGCUAGAAAAACAUCCCUUUAAAUGAUAUGCCUUUUCUGCUGCUGGAUGUCCAGGGAGCAGCCAUGGCCAGUUGACAGUUUGGCUAGUAAGCUGGCUAUGAUCUCUCUUCUUUUUGACCCAAGAUGUGGUUACUGUCAUCAAGAGAAUGGUAAUAUCAUUUUUAGACUAUUGCACUGUGAUUUGUAUUGGGCUGCCCUUGAGAACAUUUCGUUGACACAUAACAGGUAUUUAUCGAUUUAAAUGCACCUACUAUUUUAAUAGAGCUUUUUGUUUUCCUUCAGGAACGGAGACGAGAAUUUGAGAACAAUCUAGAGAAGGCUGGCCUGGAACUAGAAACUGAAGACAAGAAGGUAACGAAGCAUUAUUAUGCCUUCUUACUUCUUGAACAUAUGCUUAAACUAGAUGGGGGAUGAAGAACUCUGCUUAGAAAUUGCUAGGAAAUAGAAUGUCUAUUGAAUUGCGGCAUCUUUCACCUCCCUGCCAGCAGCAUGUUUAAGAUUUGUUAACAGCGUGCUAGAUGCUGAUCAGAAAAUAAUACUGAUGCAUUCCAUUCCUGGAGAGGUUCUGUGACCUUUAGGUGUCAUCCAAAACCCUGCAAUGCCUAACAACAUGGAGAGCUGCUACAGUGAUAUCCCUGCUCCUCUGCCUGGCAAGCCCAAGACAUACCUGGGAUCAGGAGACUGCACAGUCCAGCUGCAACAACAAUGCUUCUAUAGGAGAAGUCUCAGCGAGUAGUUUCAAGGCCGAGGAAUUUCACUUUGUUAACUCAAAGUAUGGCAAUUGCUCUGAUUAUGAGAUCUCCUGAUUCCAGGUGUGCCUAGGGUUUGUUUGGGCCCAUUAUCCUUUGUUGUGCAGGGGUACGGGGAGAUGAAAAGGGUAGCCCCAUUGAAAUAGAGCCUCUUUGUAGAUAUUGUUGAUAAGGUGUAAUCCUUCGGCUAUCAUCAGUGGGAGGUUUGUUAAAGGCCUACAAUAAAGGAAAAGGAAGGGCUAGAAGGGCAUUAAGCUGUACAUGCAGAAAAUCUUCAGGCAUUUGGUCUAAAUAAAGGUUUUGUAUGGAGACAGAAUACAGACCACUUCUGAUGAGCACAACUAACUUCUCUUGGUCUUGAUUAUUCCCCCAUUUUGCCUGUAGAUGAUUAGUCAUGAUUGACUCCCACUGGGAUUAAUAGAACAAGUUAGCACUAUUGGUUUCAGCAAGAUUUAAAUGUAACUUAACAUUUUAUACAUCAUAGUCCAAAAGAAAUACUAUCAAAUACCUAGAAGAGUAAUGAGAUGAAUAGCAAACAGGGCGGUUUGACAUAGAAUAAAAGCACAUGCUUUCUAAACUGCACUUUCUCAUUAUGUUCAAAAUAUGCCUUUUAGGGCUUGUUUCUGGUCUGAAGUUUAAAAAAUAUUUUAAAGGUUUAUUUUGCAUGUUUAUAUUUUAUGGUAUUUUGUUUUUUAAGAAAUGUAUAUCGCCCAGAAACACUUGUAAUGGUGGAUUAAAAAUGGUGGUAAAGGCUAGAUAAAUAUUUAUGCUAGAGUCCAAUGUAGCACUAAGUCUCUCAUUUCAUCAGAGGAAGGAUUUCUCGAUGGGUAAUGAAAUGUUCUCCCUUUCUCUUCACUCUGCACCCCCCCCAAAAAAAAAUCUGUUCCAGGAGUUGCCUUCUGGAGCAGAUUUAGUGAGGGCAGAGGAUGCUCAUAGUGGAGGGUGCAAAAAAGGAGAGAAGGUCUUAUUACCCAUGUGGAAAUCUUUGCGCUGGCAGGUCACAGGAGUUCAGUACCACCCAAAGUAUUCUUGUUUUUGCUUACCAUGUGGAUGCAGUGGCCCUAGCUCCCAUAGAUGAUAUCUGUAUUUAAUGUGAAGCUUCUUUAAAGAUGUAUGAAUAUGAAAGUAUUGCCUAUUUUAACCUCAAACCUUAUCAUUUCCUUUGUAGGAAUCUGACAAUGGCAAAACUUACUUUGUGAAGAUUCAUGCGCCAUGGGAGGUUCUGAUCACAUAUGCUGAAGUGCUGAGCAUAAAAAUGCCCAUCAAAGAAAAUGAUAUCCCUUGUACUGCGGAAAACCCUUUGGAUUGGAUAUCUUGGCCAUUUAGACUGCCUGAAAUUGUGAUGCACCCAGAACCAGAUUACUUCACAGCCCCAUUCAGCAAAGAACGGCAGGAACUCUACCUCAUUGAAGAUGAGAAUACAUUUUUCUCCCCGUCUGUCAGGAACAGAAUUGUGAGUACUUCCGACACAUCAGCACACAUGAGGUGCAAUUCAACGUUCUGGAGCCUUAUAUUGAAGUAUUUUAGUCUGUAAAGGCAAUGGGUUAAUAAAUUAGUUUAAAGGUCAAAUACAAUUUUAUUUGACUAACAUAUCUAUUUUUGGAGUGUGGAAAAUGUUUUGUAUUCACGCACUGCGGUGAAGAACAGUUGCGAAGGAAAAUUAGAUUACCUGAUAAUCAUAGUAUAGUCAUUUUAAACUGUGGGGUUGGUUUCUCUCUCCCUCUUUUAGGUUUUCUAUAUUUUAACAAGGUGUCCAUAUGGAACAGAAGAAGGGAAAAAGAAGUUUGGAAUCAAACGGCUCUUGAAUAAUGGCACCUACACUGCUGCUUAUCCUCUUCAUGAUGUAGGUAUUUAUUUAUUUUUUUUGUCAUUCAUUCAUUCAUUCAUUUCAGAGUACUUCCCUGUUUUCCAAAUCUCAGUUUAUCUGUUUUUAAGUAACAUCUCCUGGGGAAGACAUAAUAUGUGUGAUUCUCUGUAAUUGUGACUACUGCUAUGGGAAACUGCUUACAACAUAACAUAACGUAACAUAACACCUGUGCAAGCCUCGGGAAAAGAGCGAGGAAGGGAAGAAGGUUAAUUACAACUGUGCUGUCAAACUGGGAUAGUUAUUGCUGGGUUAAAGUUUAGUGUCAAAGCGCCCUCUGGCGGCAUACAACAAGUGCUUCACUGGAGCCCAUUUUUGGAUUUUCUUUUUAGCAGUUUAUAUAUGAAUGGGGCGCAUAAUUGUUUUUAGAAACUAUGUUAGGAAAUUGUGGCCUUUUAUGUAUUCAUAAAAAUACUUGCACAGUGCCGGUUCAUGUGACAUAACAAGAACAGCAAUAUAUACAAUGCAACAAUAUAUGCAAUGGAAUAUAAAAUAGUACAAAAUGAUCAUUUUAAUUCCUAAUUGCUCAAAAAAAAUUAAGCAGUUGCAUGGACCUGCCUGCAUAACAAGGUAGAGAUUCCUUCAAGUGAAACAUCAGAAUCCCUCCUGGUAAGCCACAGGGGUGCCAGCGUAGUUAGUUCCCUGCCAUCCACUCCUGCUUGUUGUUGCCCCACAGUCAGUUAAGUUUUAAAGUAUGUAUUAUUUAGACCUGGCAGAGAUGCAGUUCCCAAGUUUCAGAUUAAGUGUGCUUGUUCUUAAGGAAUGCCCAUGUUGUUGGUCUUAAUACUAUAAAUAGCUAUUUGUUGCCACCCGCCCCAGCCUGUCAUAUACAUAGAAUUAUACCAAUUUCUACAUAUAUUAUCCUGGUACAUAUUUAGGGGGAACUAGUGUUGCAGAACACAUGCUGCCGUUUACUGAUCUGUUUUAUUUCUGCUUUAUUCCAUUGUCCACGCUGACACAGUGCCAGUACUGGAAGAGGGCAAAUGACCCGAAGUGUGAAAAUGAAAGGUACACCCUCUACAGAGAAUGGGCAAGGUUUCCUCGUUUUUUCAAAGAACAGCCCUUGGAUCUUAUCAGGUGAGCAAUUGAGUACGCUUCUCUUAAUGGAAGCGCCAGCUUUUGCAUUGCCUUGCAAUAUUUACCUACUUUAAUUUGUAGAUUAUUUCAUAGUUCAAGGAAACCUCAAAAAUUGUAAAAUGGCCUUAGGGGUCCAUAAUCUAAUGACCUCCUGCUUGGACUGCUGCAGUGUGCUCUACAUGGGACUGACCUUGAAAUUGGUCAGGCAGCUGCAGCUAACGCAGAAUGCUAGAUUGUUGAGUGUGGCAUCCUGAUAGGACCAUGUUCCGUCAAUCCUGAAAGUGCUGCACUGGCUGCCAGUGAGCUCUUCGGUCCAAUUCAAGGUAUUAGUACCAGUGCCCUAAAUGGCUUGGGGGCCAUGUGCCUAAAAGAGCAUCUUUCCCAAGGCCCACUAUCUCAGGCACUGCAAUUCACAGGAGAGACCCUGUUGGUGGUGCUGCCACUUCACGCUGCCCUGUUGUUGCUGACCCAUGACAGGACCUUCUCAUUGGCCAUUCUCCAUUUGUGGGCUGUCCUCCCUGGUGGGGUGGGGUGUCUCCCUCAUUAUCAACACUCUAGAGGAAUCUUAAAACAUCCCUGCUCAACCAGGCAUUUAAUGGCUGAAAAAAAUGGUUUCCAGCAACCUUGAAAAUGAAGAUAUAUAACUGUUUUUAGUUGUCGUUUUUUAAUUAAAAAACCCCACUACUGUGUUAUUUUGGUGCCUUGUUGUUUGCUGCCUUGGGCUCCUUUGGGAGGGUAUCCAAUGGGAUAUAAUUUCAAAUCAUGGAAAUUGAGAUAUAUAGCUAGAUAGCUGGGAGACCUGUAUGUACCAAGAUCAUCAUUGGAACAUUCAAAAGCAGAAAGAAUGAAAAAUGUUUUGCAUGAAAUAUUUGAACCAUCCCAGUACAGGUGUCAAUAUUGUGUCUCUGUACACCACACCGUAAAGCCCUCUUUUCUGGUUGCAGUGAGUGUCCUAUACAAAUCAGAUUUGUUUUCCAAGUAACCCUCACCCCCCACCAAAUGCUUCAUUUUGUUUUAGGUGAGGGUACAAUGUCAAUGUAUAGCUGUAAAAGGAUGUACUUUGAACUGUUAGAUUCCUUUUCUCUGGUGUUCAGCUUCUAUAUGCAUAUUCCCAACUAACUGUUUGACCAAUUAUGCUAAACAACAUUCUGUGGAUGUUAAAGGUGCUGUCACUGGACAUGUUCAUAUCAUCACUUCCAUGGCUUCAUGCCAGGGUCUAAGGCAGCUUUAAAAUCAAAAUGAGGGGAGGGAGAAUCAUAUCUGGUUGCUCGGCAACACAUGAGCAGAGCAAAAACUAGCUAUCUAUGUAAUUAGGGCACAAAUAAGAACAAGAAAUUCUGAGAAUUGUUUUAUAGUCAACUCAGUAGCAUUCCUUUGAAUUUUGCCUGAAAACUUGUCAUCCAAAUCUAGCCCUGUAUCUUUAUUUGCAAUUAGUCUUCCAAGCUUUUCUCCCCUUUCCUCCCCCUUUUAAAGAUGCUGAUUGUUUCUUGCAUUCCUUUACUUUCCAUUCCACAUUACUUUCCCGCAGGAAGUAUUAUGGGGAGAGGAUUGGAAUCUACUUUGCCUGGCUGGGGUUCUACACUGAGAUGCUGUUCUUUGCCGCUAUCGUUGGAUUAAUCUGUUUCCUGUAUGGUGCAUUCACAAUGAAUGAAAAUAUGAGUAGGUAAGAGUAAUUAACAUAGUCAUGUUGGUUAGAUUGAAUCAUGACCAGUUGACUGAUGACAGCUGUCCUGUCCUGUCCACUUCACUGCUAAUUGUUGUGGAUCAAUUUUUUCUUUGAAAAGUUUGAGUCCCCUUGCCUUCUGUAACAUUGUGUGCAGUGAUCCUGUGAGCCACUGUACAGAAACAUAUGAUCCAGAUGUAGAACUAUGUGCCACUACAUUAUUGUGGGUAUGGCCCUGCUGAAUAUUGCACACUGAAAGAGAGGGAACUGUUUCUCUAUAUUCCUUUUGUAAAGUCAAAUAUUAGCAUCUGCACAAAAACACAAUUUAUCUGUCUAUUGCUUAAUUAAAUACAACAUAUCUUUUAUCUGUCCCCUUCAGCCAAGAAAUAUGUGACUCCGAAAUUGGGGGAAAGAUUAUCAUGUGCCCACUAUGUGAUCAAAAAUGUGAUUACUGGAGAUUGAACUCCACGUGUGAGUCUUCAGAGGUCUGUAGUCAUUGCUGCAAUUUUUGUUUUUAAAAAAUAGCUUUCCCAUGGUUGUUUUCAUUCAAAUUGUUAAUUUGUGUUUUUAUUCCAGUACUCCCAUUUGUUUGAUAAUGUGGCGACCCUCUUUUUUGCAAUCUUUAUGGGGAUCUGGGGUGAGUAUAUUUGUUAGUGCUACUUAAAUAACACUCAAGCCAUGUGGGUCAGCUUUAGCUUUGUCUCUUACUGCAUGCAAGUCAAUGGCACUUUUGACAACAAGACUAUGACUUGGUCCUGUGAGUAAAUGUUCACUCACUGGAUGCUUCUACUGGUAGAAAGGGGAAGAGGGAGAGCUCAUGACUCCAUGAAUCCCUCUGUAAACAUAAAGUAAAAGGUAAAGGUACAUGACCCCUGGAUGGUUAAGUCUAGUCAAAGGUGCCUAUGAGGUGUGGUGCUCAUCUCGUUUCAGGCCGAGGGAGCCGGCAUUUGUCCACAGCUUUCUGGGUCAUGUGGCCAACAUGAAUAAACCGGUUCGGGCACAAUGGAAAACCUUCCAUCUAUAGUGGUACCUAUUUAUCUGCUUGCAUUGGUAUGCUUUCAAACUUCUAGGUUGGCAGAAGCUGGGACAGAGCAAUGGGAGCUCACCCCAUCACACAGAUUCAAACUGCUGGCCUUCCAAUCAGCAAGCCCAAGAGGCUCAGUAGUUUAGACCACAGCGCCACAUGCCCCCCCCAAAUGUUCAGCUCUGAACUAUGUGGGAGGUGACAUGGGGGGAUUGCAGGGGAAAGGGGGGAAUUGGCAGAUAUUACCUUUGCUGGAUUGGAGUUGCUUUUAUUCUUGGAUGAGCAACUCUAGAUCUCAGCCUCUGUAAGUAUAGUAUGAAUGCUAUAAAUAUCAUUCUGUAAUGAUAUAUGUAAAUGUGCAAUAAUUCACUCGGUUUGAUCCACAGUAAGUUAAGCAUGUUUUAGAUAACUUGGGUCCUAUUGGUUUCAAUGGAACUAAACAGCGCUUCCAUAUUCUUAAGCACACCAAAUCCCAUGGAGUGGUACAACCCUCAAGGUGCAAAAAUAUACAGACAGUAAUGAAUCUGACUAACUUUGUCACAGCUCCAAAAAUUCCAUCAAAAUGAAAAAUGGCUUCUCCAGGGAAUCUGCAGUAGUUUUUUAUGUAACUGAUGUACUGUAUAGACAUCAAAUCCAUCACAAAGAUAAUAGAGAAAGUAUUAUCUGGGAAUGUUGGUUUUGCUCAGUUGCUACUAGACAUUUCUUAUUCUUAUUUUUGUUUGCACCAUACUCUAUUCAUUGCAGUCACACUUUUCUUGGAGUUCUGGAAGCGUCGGCAAGCUCGACUUGAAUAUGAAUGGGAUCUAGUUGAUUUUGAGGAGGAACAGCAACAGCUCCAACUGAGGCCAGAGUAUGAAGCAAAAUGUACUCAAAAAAGGAAGAAUCCAGUAACGCAGGUAACCUGAGCAUUAGAAGACAAAAAUCACAUGGAGGUUGGGGGAUACAUAAGAUCCAGUUACCCAUUGCAUAUUUAAGACGAAGUCUUCCAUCUCUUGUGGGAUGUGGGUGGCUCUGUGGCCUAGGGCUUGCUGAUCAGAAGGUCGGCGGUUUGAAUCCCCGCGAUGGGGUGAUCUCCCGUUGCUUGGUCCCAGCUCCUGCCAACCUAGCAGUUCGAAAGCAUGUCAAAGUGCAAGUAGAUAAAUAGGUACCGCUACGGUGGGAAGGUAAAUGACGUUUCCGUGCGCUGCUCUGGUUUGCCAGAAGUGGCUUAGUCAUGCUGGCCACAUGACCAGGAAGCUGUACACCGGCUCCCUAGGCCAGUAAAGCAAGAUGAGCACCGCAACCUCAGAGUCGUUGGCGACUGGACCUAAUGGUCAAGGGUCCCUUUACCUUUUAUGCCAUCUCUUAAGUGCUUAAGAAGGAAUUAUGCCAGAACAUUACACAAGCAUGUUGUUCUGACAGGGUCCAGAAAGUUAUAAUUCUGUAAAUGAUUCAGAACAAGGUGACAAAUCAACUGCCGGUGCUUAGGGUUAACAUCUGGGAUCCAAUGACUAAUAUAAAAUGGAUUAGGAAAGAAUCAGGCUUUCUUCAAAUGCUGUUAUCCACAGUCACUUACGGACUCAUUGUUAAAACCAUGUUUAUAGAAGACAAUCUUACUGGGCUACAAGUGAUCGCCAAAGAAGAAGAAGAUAUAUCAUUCCAGUAGGGAAAGGCAGGAGCUCAAGAGGGCAAAUUUAACUGCUUUGUUCUUCUCUAGGAAUUGGUUCAACCAUUGAGGAAAAAAAGCUUAUGUUGCUCUCCUUGAGACUAUAUUGGUUCAGAAUACAGCUUAACAGUUGCAUGUUUGAAUGCUAUCCCAUACCCCUAAAAAUGCUGAACACGGAAAGCUUCUACAUAGCUUUUCCCCUGAAAAGUAGUUCUCUAAGUAUAGGUAGUUUUUGAUGUGGAGGCAUUCAAAUAUGCAGUUUUCACACCUGCAUUCUGGAGCAAAACAGUCCUAGGGCCCUACAGCAAGUGCUACUUCUGAGUGUUUGAAUUGCUGAUAAGCUUUUGUCUGCAUGCCGUGAGUUUCUGGGCAGCUAAACCAAAGGGGAAAAAUAACAGACAAAAUGGCUACAAUUCUACUUCAGAUGCAAUAAAUGUCUGUUUCACUAAGCCUGAUCCUUAUGAUGGAACUCUGGUGCUUUAAGGAACAAUUCUCUGGUCUUAAUGUGAUUACAUUGGAUGUAAUAUUAAUGUAUCUAUUUAUUUGUUAAAUUCUAUCCUGCCUUUCCGUCAAAGCUGCUCAACUGCAGGAAAAUAGAAAGUAAAAAAAAAUAAAAAUAAAAAUAAAGCAAAGGAAAUAAAACAUAUCAGUUAGAAUCAGCAAGUUGAUGAUUUUGCAGUAUCUUUACAAUGGAUUGGCAAAAUGUUUUGGGACAAAAUGAAGGUAUCCUCUGAGCACAGUUACAAGUUAGAGGAAUCCUGAUUUAUAUUACAUAUUAUUAUCUAUCCUAGCUUAGAUAUUUCCUUUUGUACAUGAAGCUCAUGAAGAAUGAGAAGUCUAAAUGUGUUGACAUUCUUAAAUAUGUGUUUGAUCAUUACAAGUCACUUGCUUUAAUUCCUAGUUACAUUUUUUAAAAAAAAGAAAGCUAAAACCUUGUUCCCUCUCCUUUAAAUCAUCUAUUAUCUAUUUGUCAAGGUUCUAGGUUACAGAAAUUUGUAAACAUCCAGUCAGCAGUCCAGAUAUGAAAGAAAUCAAUGAUUAACCAAAUUAUAGUUGAAUGUUCUUGCUGUGUUACAUUAGACAAUGAAAAUGUGAAGGAUCUGAGGCUCUAAAGAUUAUAUCUGCAGAUUGAAAAGAACACUGAUAUUCUUCAACUGUACAACUACACUUCAUUGUUACUUACACUAAUUUGAGACUUUUGCUGGUCACCGGUCAUUUUGCACUUCCAUAGACCUAUAUCAGAAUUGUGCCCUCUUUAUUAACUCGCAGGUCUAGCAACAUUGUAAUCAAUCUUAAAGCAUUAAGCUAGGUCACAGUGGGUUAUGAUCUGCUCUCAUGGAGAUUAUUACUUAUGAUGGUACUGAACUUCAAAAUGGGGGAGGAGUGUGUGCGGUUGAACAACACUUUUCUGGAAGACACCUUAAGCCAGUUUUGAACUGAGCUCAGACAUCUCCAGAGGCGAUGCCAGGUUUGAAAUGUGCUCAGUUCUCUGUUGUCAUCCCUUCUGCCUAUUUGAUCUCCUUCCACUGGCUUUCGCAGGUGAGAGGCAGCAAAGGGCUUACAGCUGCAUAGGCCUUAGCCUUAACGCCUGGACAUAACCAUUUACCUUUGUUAUAAAUUGCUUCCAUUCUUCCCUUUGUGUUGUGCAACAAUCAAGCCAGGAAGUCUCCAAUUAACCAUAGUUUCUCAUUGCAUUUAAACUGAUGGUGGUGGCCCUAGUUUCCUGGCUUGGAUGAAAUGAGAAACUCUGGUUAAUUGGAUGCUUCCUGGUUAGAUAGCUGCAGACAUGAGUAGCACUAGUAUCAGGUGAUGGUGGUACAGUGAAAUCUUUUCUGUGCUUUAAUUACUGCUUUUUAAAUUGUCUGGUCUGCUGUUCUAGGAAUUAGAAUUGGUUAAGAGGAAGAGCAUACAUGACUAUGGGAAACUGAGCUUGUUGUACUUUGGAAUUUUGUUUUGGGUAAGACAGGGCUGCGUGAACUCAGCAGCUUAGAGUGGCAACUAAUGAAAGAGCCAUUUCUUCAAGUGGGAAAGCAAUGAAAAGACCUGAGAGAAUGGAGGACAACACUUAACAGCAAUAGCUAGUCCAGUCCAAACAUACAUAUUUUUUUCCUGUCAUGUAAUUUGGGCAUAUUGGAAACUGAACUGCAUUCACUCCCUUCUGUUCAGAAGAUCACAGAGAAGGAAAACAAAAAUGGCCUUUUGGCCGUCUUGUAAAUUUGGCAAGGUCUUAAAAGCUCUGGAUGACUGGCUUCUCAUCUACAUAUGGACUCCUCCAUUUCUGUCUUUCUCCCAUAAGAUGAAAUGUGCUACAUUAUGCAUUCCUUGGGAGUGUAAAAACUAUUUUCUUGGGGUGUGUUUGCUUUCUCACAGUGGUUGAGGUUGCUUUCUGCAGUGUUCAGUGUAAGAAUAUGUCUGCGGGAGGUGAAAUGUGCUGUGCUUGCUUGACUGUUUCAGGAGUUGGAGCCUUACUUGCCUUUAACUAGCCAGGCUAUACGAUUCUGCAUCUCGGGAACGACAGUGUUGUUCUGGGUGAGCAUCCUUUUGAAUCAUCACUGUAAUGCAUAACAAGCAAUGCAUCACUUUUUAAGCUUGAAUUUUAACAUGCCUUAAUGCUUUUGCUGUUGGUAUCUUUCUCUCUGUGCUUCUGGCUACAAGGGGUUGUAACUAACAUUCUUCUUUCUUAGUGUCAUGCAAAGUACACACUGAAUCGUAUAGCAUACAAUCCAUAACUCUCUCUUCUGCCAAAUCAAUCCAUUUGACUUUAUUUAGUUGUCCAUUAUUCAUGAUGAUGAAUAUAGUGACUUAGGUUACAGUUUUAUACCCACAUACCUGGGAAUAACCUCUGUUGAAUUCAAUGGAACCUACUUUUAAGAUGACAUCUAUGAGAUGCCACUGACUGUGUUGUUAUUAUUAUUGUAUUUAUUUAAACCCCACCUUUUCUCCUGAUGGGAUUCAGGGCAGCAUGCAGAUAAAAACAAGAAUCACUAAAAACAUAGAAAAAUAAUAAUUAAAAAACAAUUAAACACUGAUAGAAUUAAACUAUAUACGUGUAUUAAAUAUGUUUAGAACAAGCAAAUAGUUACAGUAAAAAUGGUAUGUCACCAGCCCUUUCAUUAAAAGCAGUUCCCAAAAGCCUGUUGGAACAAGACAGUUUUUACCAUCUGAUGAAAGAACAACAAGGAGGGAGCCAGUCUAGCUCCUCCUGGGAGGGAGUUUUAGAGUCUGGGAGAAUCUAUUGAGAAGGCCCUUUACUGUGUCCCCACCAACCAUGCAUAUGAGUGUGGCAUGACCAAGAAAAGGACCUUUCCUGAAGAUUUCAAAACCUGAGCAGGUUUGUAUGAGGGAAUACAUUAUUUCAGGUAGCUUGGACCUAAGCCAUGUAGCGUCUAAAGGUCAUAACCUCCACUUUGAAUUGUGCCUAGAAACAGACUGGUAGACAGUGGAGCUGUUCCACUGCUCCCUAAAGGGUUAUGCUUCCUAUAAUUAUCUCUGGUCAAUAAUCUGAUCAUAUCUCUUUGAGCCAGUUGAUGUUUGUAAGCACUUUUCAAAGGCAGCCCCAUCUAGAGCGCUUUACAGCCUAAUCCAAUUAGGAGGUAACUAAGGCAUGUGUCACUGUGGCCAAUUGAGAUAUCUCAAGGAAUGGGUGCAGUUGGCACAGUGCAAAUGCACUCCUGGCCACUGCGGAAACCUGGGCAUUCAUGCUCAGUCUGGAGUCCAGGAGCACACCCAAACUGUCUUUGUGGGAAGUGUUACCUCAUCAAGCACAAGCAGAAUCCCCAUUCCCUGUUCUGCCUUCUGAAUGACCAAUAGUGCUUCAGUCUUGUCUAGAUUAAGUUCCAAUUUGUUCGCCCUCAUCCAGUCCAUUACAGAUGACACACGCUGGUUUGCAUCUGAGACUGCUUUCUUGGAUUUUGGUGGAAAGGAGAAAUAGAGCUGGGUCAUCAGCAUACUGGUGACAAUGAACCCCAAAACUCCAGACAACCUUUCUUAGUGGUUUCAUGUAAAUGUUAAAUAGCACAAGGGACAGAAGAGAACACUGAGGGACUCUGCAGGCCAAUGUCCAAGGUGUCAAACAGGAGUCCCUCCAGGAAGGAGCAGAGCCAUUGUAAAAUAGUACCUCCAAGUCCCAUCCCUGCAAGGUGGCCCAGAGGAAUACCAUGUUUGAUGGACUGAAAGCUGUCAAGAUGUCUAGCAGAGCCAACAGGGACACACUGUCCUUGCACAGUUCCUUGCACAGGGCCUCUGUUGCAUAACUAGGCUUGAAACCAGAUCUAGAUAAUCAGUCUCUGUAGUUAUCUGUAGACCAAGGGAAUUUUGCCCUAUUUUGAAUUGUUCAAAUGCUUGAUUAUAAAAUUUCUCUAUAACCUGUAGUCAUUUAUUAUUGACCAAAACACUCUGGAGAAAUUGGGUUCUGGAUUGCAUCAUUUACGUCUGAAUCAAUUCAACUUUCUCUAUUUCAAUACAGAAAAAAAUUGAGAGAUCUUUAGUAUGUGGAUAAUGUGUUAUAAACACAAAUGUUUAUAAUACUACCAUAUCUAUGCAAUGAAAUUGUAACAUGAUAUUGGUGGAUUUUGAAACAGCAUGCCACUAGUGUGCUUUGCAUGAUUUUGCUUGGUGUACUAACAGACAAGCUAAGCAGAAAAAGACAAUAUUACUGCUCUGUUGGGACUAUACCACUUUAGAUUGAAGACAUGAUUACAUUUAUUCUACUUAUUUCUAAAUUUCCCUUCAUCUAGCGGUUUCCAGGGCAAUGUGCAAUAAGCAUAAACAAUUACUUAUAUGAAACACAAACACAAUUAAAAACAACCAACCUUGAAAACAAAUAGGCAGGAAAAGCUACAAAAAGCAAAAGCAAACAUAGCCCUUUGAAAUGCUUGGCCAAAUACAAGAGGCACCAGAAAUAUUACAAUGUCAGCAAAAGGCUUACCAGCAUUGAAGGGGGUGUUCCAGAGUUGGAGUACCACUGCAGAAAAGGACCCAAACCAUUUCAGACUUUACAAGUACAUAUCACCAUCUUGAAUACUGGUCCCAGUUGUGACCAUGUAGCCGAGACAAUUCUUUCUGAAUCAGAGUACUGUGAAUCAACUGGGCUGAGCCAGUUAAAAUUGUGUCAGCUGCGUUCUUCACUAAUUGAAGCUUCUAUAUAGUCUUAAAGGACAGCCCUGUGUAUAACACUGAGGGGUUGCCCCAUGUAUAAUGUGUCUAAUCCAUCCAGGAUAUUACCAGAGGUUCUGGCCAGGAACAGAUGCAGCUGGAGAACCAGGCAAAAAUGUUAAAAGACAAGGCCGCUAAGGCAUCAGGUGGCAAUGUUAAAUCAAGGAGUACACUCAAGUUCCAUGUGUGCUAUUUUAGGGGGAGUGCAGUGCCAUCCAGAACACACUGAACAUCUGUCUCUCAGACCCAAGAAUCACCUGCUCACAGUCCUUCUGUCUUGUCAGGAUUCAGCUUCAGUCUUGACCCUCAUCUGUCCAUUUCCAAAUCCAGGCAUUGGCUGAGCCUCACUUGACUCACAUGACAUAGAGAAAUAGAUCUAGGUUAGAUUACCUUACCGAGCAGUUUGAGAAAGAGCAUGGGGGCAUAAAACAGAGCCAUGUAGGACUCUACGACACAAGUGCCAUGGUGGUUGAGCAGAAGCUCCCCACUGCAGCUUUCUGAAACUGACCCUGGAGGUAGAUGCAGAACUAUCACAGCAUCACAUCCAGUACACACAACUGUUGGUAGCAAAUAUCAACUGAAAGACACAAAAAUAACAGUGCAUCAGGUGGAUAGGGUCUGGCUUGGCUCUCACCCUGAUGUACUUGGGUUUUACUUGCAAGAAGAAUACAUUGGAUGAACAUCAGAUCAGCCUUCAGAUAGACACACAUCCUCCCUCUUGCAGUCUGAAGUGAUACAGUCCCGAUGGGGCCAUACUACACUAUUAUUCUCAAUGUGUAGUUUGGCCCUUAGAGUCCUAUAUGGUACAGUUAGGGAACUGGUGGUCCUCCAGAUGUUGCUGAACUACAACUCCCAUCAUUUCCAUUGGACAUUCUGGCUGGGGCUGAUGGGACUUGGAGUCCAUCAACAGCUGGAGGGCCAUGGAUUCCCCAUGCUUGCUAUAUAGUAUAAAGCAUUAAAGGCUGUUUCUGAUAUGAUGUCAUUGUUCUUAAACCUCUGUGGUUUCUCUCAGAUCUUUUUGAUCAUAGCUAGUAUGAUAGCUGUGAUAGUUUACCGCCUUGCCGUCUAUGCUGCUUUUGCCAGCAUCAUGGAGAAUGCACAAACCUUGCAGCCUAUUCAAGGUAUCCUGACACCACAACUGGCAACAUCGGUCACUGCUUCAUGCCUGAAUUUUGUCAUCAUUAUGAUACUGAAUUUCUUGUAUGAGAGGAUAGCCAUCUGGAUCACAGAUAUGGGUAGGUAUGUUGCAUAAAGACAGAACUGUCAGGGAUAUAUUUCUGUCCCUGUGGUGGAAAUGCUGAGUUUAUUGGCAACCAGAAGCUGAAUAUUUAUACAAUUUUUCCAUCUGGCCAAGUUGGCUAGCAUUCCUGGGAAACUGUUUUUGAGACCUCCCUCUGUAUCAUGUAGCUUUGUUCCUAGAUUAUCCACAGCUGCAUCCUAGCUCUGUGAUUUUAUGAGGAAGAGCUUGUACACUAUUGCAGCUGGCUUGACCAUGCUAAUAACUACUUAUUAGGAGUGUAACAUCACUGUAGGGAACUCAUGGAAGAGCGUUUCUCCCCUUCCAUAAUAAUAUACCAUCCACAACUGACAUUUUUCUUGACGCACCUCUCCAGAUUUUACAUUUUUCAUAUGAGUAGGCUGCUUAUGUGAGCAUUUAUUACAAUUUGCAAACCUUACGAUUAAGAUUUGGACCACGAAUUCCAUUUGUGUCAUUAACUACCACACUAGAGUGAUGUUUGUUGUUCAGAUAAAUUUUUCAGUAAAUAAUGGGAUAAUGAAGCAUUUAGAAUAAUCCUAAAAUAAGUGCUUCCUGAGCUAAGAUGAUGAUCCCCAAUUAUAGCUGGUAAAUGGAAAUGUUUUAAUCUGCAUUCAUUUUUCCACAGUGGAAAUAAUAAUUAUAAUGUGUUUUAAAUUUGGAAGAAUUUAAUUGUUCACCUGUAGGAAUAAUUCUGCAGUAGUCCUGCCACUUGCAUAGAGAGGCUAUAGACUUGACUCACUGUUCUAUAGCUUCUGCCCUCUGCUGGCAUAAAAAUGCAGUGAAUGGUCUUGCAGUAUUCUUUUGGAAACCCUGUUCUUUUUCAUACCUAAUAGCUCUGCAGUGCUUCAGCCAAAUUCAAAAUUGUCAGUGUUUGCCGUAGCCUUGUUUGCUGUGCAUGGUGCAGAAAAAAACCCUUGUUUAUUUUGUUGACCUUGUAGAGAUCCCAAGAACUCACCUUGAAUAUGAGAACAGACUCACCAUGAAGAUGUUCCUGUUUCAGUUUGUCAACUAUUAUUCUUCAUGUUUCUACGUGGCUUUCUUCAAAGGGAAAUUUGUGGGGUACCCGGGUCACUACACAUACAUGUUUGAUCGCUGGAGAAAUGAAGAGGUAUGGGGUCAUUUUUCAGUGAAUUAAGGAAGUAAUUGCUAACCACCCUCAUUUUUGUAAAGACAAGCCAAUAAAACAACACAAUAUUCUGAAUAAAAAGCCAGGAAAACGUCACAAAUGUACAUAAGAUGCAGUAGAAGAUGCCUGUCUAUGUGUUUCUCAGUGUAUGUUUUGGAAUGUGCUAUCUGCAAACAAAGGUCCUUGCAUUAUAUAACUCAAGAGUAAACUGCUGAAACAGACUGGCUCUCUGAGAACAAUAGUCUCACUCUGGCAUUAAGGCUUUGCCUCUCCCUUUCUUCCCAAAUCAUAAAUUUAUAUAGUAUUAAGGGAUUUUGUGAUGGUGCUGACAGUGCCACCGACAGACUAAGCCACUCUAAUGACAGGGUGGGGUAGGAGAAAGAGCUUCUGGAUUUGAUAGGCUGAAAUCUAUUGUUCCCUAUCAGUGAAAUUGCCCCUACAAAAUGUGAUGGAUAAAUUUUCAGGGGGCUUCCUCAGAAGAUGACCUUAGGUAAAUAGUGGGAUAUACCUUCUCUGCGUAAGACUCCUCUGUACAGCUAACCGGGUCUGAGGCAAAGGAAGCAAGUCAGCCUAGCUCCCUUCCUCUGAGUCUCUGGCUGCCAUUAGUUGAGGUGUUCAGAUCUUAGAAAGGGACAGAGAAGUCAGAGAGACCAUGGAAGGGAGGGCAGAAGAAGGCAGGAGCCAAGAACUUGAGAAGAAGGAUUGCUGCCCUAGAGAAUCCAUGGAACUUUAGAAAAUGAAGGUUGGGACAGGUUACUUCCCUGGGUUGAGCUGUCCAGAGGAAUGUGGGCAAGAAGAGAAGGCAAGAAUGAGGAACCUGACAGAAGUAAAAUUGGGAGGCUGGGCACAGAAAAAAAGCUGCACAUCCCAGGAACAGAAACGAGGGGUCGCCUGUUGAUUUGAAACAGCCAGUCAGAUGUUUGGCUGCUGGCUUUUUAAUAUUAAAAAUAGGUGCUUUACAUCAAUACUUGGUAUACACAUAAUUCAACCUCUCACCCCUGACCCAGCUCUCUAACCAAUUCUCAUUGCCUUAGUUUUCCUAAAACAAAAGAUGACAAGCCCAGCACUGGAAAGCUUCUUUUUUGGUCCUGCUGUUCUCUUUUUCUGGCAGAAACUUUCUGCUGGCUUUUGGUGUCAACUUGGGGGUAAGGUUGAGGAGUAUAGUGAAUGCUGUAGUCAGUUUAAUUUCUCGGCAUAAUCAAGAACAGUUGCUCUGUAGGUAAGCAGUUUUAGGGUUAAACCCAUGUGGUUUUGCUUUCUUUCUUUUUGCUUUCUUUUUUUACUACUUAGUAAAGAGUUCCUGUCUUCUACUUUAACACUGUGGUUUUCAAGGGAAAGACCAAUUAUGUGUUUCUUCUUCCUCUCCCCACCCUUGUUUCAUUAGUGUGAUCCUGCAGGAUGCCUGAUAGAGCUGACAACACAGCUUACCAUUAUCAUGGCUGGCAAACAGAUAUGGGGCAACAUCCAAGAGGCUAUUGUACCGUAAGUGAUGCCUUCAUGUUGAGUAAGUUUCAUUUUUAAGAGAGGGGAAUAGGUUGCGUUAUGCAUCUCAACAGUGAACACAGUAAGCGCAUAAAGCCAUAACAAUAUUAAUUUUGGUUGUAGAAACUUCUUACUGCAGGAUGAGAGAAAAUUAUUUAAAAUGUAGGCAAUGGUUAUGGAACUGGAAAAGAGGGAGCAUUCCUAGGCACCAGAAUCAGUGCUAUAUGAGGGAGUGUCUGAAGAGAGAAGCCUGGUCUGCACACACAUGGUCUCUCUUUGAUUUGGAGCACUGUGAGAACAGGGUUGCAAAUCAUGGCAAUAUCAUACGCACAAAGAGCCAAGCUCCUCUUUUCAGACUUUCACCCCAGUGUGCGAUGUGUGAUGGUGGUAGGUGAUUUGACUGGGGAUGGGGCAGCAGGCAGAGAUGUAUUGUGUGUGUUGUGUGAUUUAGAACACCCAAAUAGGACUACAGUGGCCCUGUAAUCUGGACUUUUCCCACCCUGUAUUAAACCCUGGAUAGUCUUCUUUAUGGGAGAGAUACUUUGAAAACACUUUUGGUGUCAUACCAUAUGGGACAUGAUUCUGACUUCAAUGCUGUACCUUUUAUGCAACCUGCCCCAUCCUGUGUUUUCUGUUACCCCAACCCACAGCUGGAUCCGGAAUUGGUGGGGCCGUCGGAAAGCCAGUAGCAGUCCUGAGAAUUUAUACAGUCGAUGGGAGCAGGACCAUGAUCUGCAGAACUUUGGGGCCUUGGGCCUAUUCUAUGAGUACUUGGAAAUGGGUAAGCACAAUGAAUGGUUAUAAAACACCUCUGUAUAGAGCUAUUUCAGCUUCUGACAGCUGCUUUUCUUCCGUGCAAUUGAAUGGAGCUAAUACAUAUUCCUCAGCUGAUGUUUCUUGGCUGAAAGACUAUGUGAACUAAUAGUACUACAUAUACACCUGUAGAUGCAUUUGUAGUGGUUGUCCCCUAGGAAUAGGGACCUGUCAAACCUUUUCAUUGUAUAUAGAUGGCACUAUAUAAACAAUAACAACUUAUGGCUGCUGAGCUGUGAAGUAUUGGAAAAGAAUCAACCUCUUGGGUACAAAAUGGAGAAUAUCCAUAUAAAAAAAACCCUAAAAUUUUGCUGCAGUGCUGUGCCUCACAACAAUAAUUAUGCUGCUUUUAGUGAGCAUUCAGCACAGACUUCAUGUGGCUUAUACCCCUGCCUUAUCUGAACACAGCAGUUUCUGCAGUUUGACCCAAGCUGUACAGUGAACUUUCUGCUGUCACAAUGUGCUACCACAAAACAGAGCAUGACUACAGAGAGCAGAAGAUAAGAAGUCAACAGCUGUUGUGAUUUCACAGAGCAGCCAACAGAUGGCAUAUGGUAGCUAGCAAGGAAAUCUGUUCUAAAAUAGUGCUGUUAUGGCUGCUACAUUGUGUUUUGUGUGCUAGCCUUUAAGAAACUAAAGGCAGGCGUGCUGAUUUGAGUUGGUAUUCAUUGCAGCAAUGAAUAAAGUAUGUUUUGGGUUUUCUCUUUAUCUCAAAGCACCAUAGAGUGAACUUUUUUUUUAUUUGUUGUGGACCAUACAGGCGUCUCCCCACUUUUACUUGUUCUAAAUAGAAUAAUACCAGGAAAUGGCAGGAGAGAGCUGGAGAGUCCUCAUAACUCAUGAGGAGACCCUCACAGAGCCCAAAGAGGACAUCAGUGAGGGCAGAGGAAGCCCCAAAGAGACUUAAGACACAGCGGGGUUUUGUGUAGGCUGCUCAGCCUCCCCACGCAUCUUCCAGCCUCCAGCUGGCCCCAGAGCUUCAAACACUAGUUGAAGAGAGAGUUGUGUUUAGAGAGAGCAUGAGAGGGAGCUGGAGAGAUGGAAAAAUGAGUGUUUAGAGGCUUUCUAGAGGGUGCUUCCUACUUUAUGCAAUUUCACUUCUGUGCAUGGUGGCCCAAAAUGUAACCCCUGCAUAAGUGGAGGGGGGACACCUAUAUUACCAAAUGAAAAUUUAAAGCUGGGGGGCAGAGAAGAUUAUAGUGUAAAGGCAAAUAUGCAUUCUAUUAUUCAGUUUUUAGACCCUAUCCUAUUCUCACUGGGCAGCUUGUCAGAUCGUAGCCGCUUCUUCCCCAUUUAAAAUUUUAUUACCUUGUAAAAUGCCCUUCUCUCCCACCCAUGCUCACUUUGACAGCCAUGGAGAGGCAGUGACUUGCAAGGAAAUAAAGUCUCAAUGAAGCUGUAGCGGCCAGUGUGGUGGCUUAGGUAGGGCACCACUGCCCUCCCAGCACCAAACUAGGCACUGUGCAGGCACAUAAUGGCAACAGCAGUGGGCUGGGUUUGCUGCAUAGCACCUCUCUGUCCUGUAAGUGCCAGCAACAUGCUGUGUUUGGAAGCUGGGAGAGCAUUGAUGGCUGCCACACCAGCCACUACUGCCAUGAAGGCUUUUAGGCCAGGGAUGGGGCUGGAACACAGCUAAAGUCACACAAGCUCUUGGUUUAUCAUUUAGCGUGAUUACCAUGCCAACAGUAUGCAUGGCACUUACAGAGACCCUGCCCUGAGGAGCUUACAAUCUAAAAUUCAGUCAAGGGAAAUCAACCAAGAAAAGGGAAGAAAGUGGAGGCGGAGAGAAAGACUAUGCUGUUGCUUUGAUCGUGCAUACUUAAGUUUGACUGCAGGCUAUGGUAGGUCAUGAGAACUAAGGAGUGGGGAACAUAUGCUCUUCCAUUUGUUGUUGGACUCCAGCUCCCAUAAACCCCAGUCGGUGUGGCCUAUGGUCAGGUAUGAUGGGAGCUGUAGUCCAGCAACAUCUGGAAGGUUGUUGGCUCCCUGCCUCUCAGUGAAAGACUUGAAGGAAGAUAUAGAAUUUCCUUUUCUGUGUUAGAGUAUUUUCUUCUUCAGGGAAAAGAUUUUCAGUCUUAUUCUGGAAUUGAUCUCUUCAUCUUCAGUCUCUGUAUAAUUUUUCUUCAUAAAUAACUACCAUUUUUUCUGAAUUAAGUCCUUAAAUGUAAAAACAGGCUUACUUUUUUUUCAGGAAUACUUGCUACCUUUCUUUUGAUUCAUACCAUGUACUUGCGUCCACAGCUGCACACAAAUAUUCUGAUAUGUAUGUUUACCAUUCACAAUUAAUUCAAAUGCAAAUUCUCUAAGGUUUCAUUCAGAUGUUUUCCUUUAUUUUUCUCUCUCCUUUUCAUCUAGUUAUCCAGUUUGGAUUUAUCACUUUAUUUGUGGCCUCUUUUCCUUUGGCUCCACUACUUGCUCUGAUGAACAAUAUCCUGGAAAUUCGAGUUGAUUCUUGGAAGCUUACAACGCAGUUUAGAAGGCCAGUGGCAGCCAAAGCCCAUAGCAUAGGAGUCUGGCAAGAAAUUCUGAAUGGGAUGGCUAUCUUGUCUGUUGUCACAAAUGUAAGUAGUGUGAUAUGAAUGAAUGAUUUCUUAGUUUACAAAAAUAUGUGCAUUGUCUCUUUUUUCAAGUUGUGUUUUCUGCAGAUCAGUUUCAUUUGUUGUGAGACAUCAGUGUUGGAUGCAGUAUUAGGUUGGGAAGAAAAGAGGGGGAGGGGGACAGUGAGUUGAGUGGGGUGGUAAUGCUUCUUUUCUUGUACUUAGUGUAUGUGUGGGGUUUUGUGUCAGUGUCACUUUUGUGGGUUCACUUUCUAUUCGCUUGUUAUAUUUCCUUGGUGGUGAGAGAGAUUGGGGGGAAGCCUAGGGUGUGGUUGGUUGUUUUUGGUUGGCUGUAGUAAGAUUUGUUUAUGUGUGUGAGGAGGUGGAUUUUUGGGUCAGGUUAGCCAUAUUGAUUCGUAUGCUGUUGGGCUAUGCAUGUGAUAAAGGGGAACAAUGUUGGGGUGAAGGUGUCUUCUAUUUGCCCCCGUGUCAGUUUCAGUUGAUUGGUUAGAUUUUCUAGAAAGGCUGUUUCCCAUACUAUUUGAUACCAUUGGUCCAUAUUUACUUCUGUCAGGUCUCCCCAGGCUAUGAUGCUUCUGGCUGCUGAGAGUAGAUGGGUUAUGAGCUCUUUGUAAUGUGAGUGGACAUUAUUAUCUUGGAAGAUGUUCAGUAGGGCCAGUUCUGGGGUGAGUUCUAAUACUUGUUUAGUUGUUUUGCAUAUUUCUUGUAUGACUGGUGUCCAGAAGAGUUGGAUUUUUGGACAUUACCACCACAUGUGGAAGUAUGUGCCUGUCGAAGUACAGCCUCUCCAGCAUUUGGUGAGGCUCCUGGGCAUAUCAGUGCUAGUUUUUGUGGUAUUAGGUCCCAACUGUAAGUGAGUUUCAUAGUGAGUUCUUUUCUUUUCACUGAGAUGGAUGUAAAGGGAGGUUUAGACCACAUUCUAGUCCAUUGGGUAGGGUUAAUUUCAUAGCCUAUGUCGUCCUCCCAUUGUUUAUUUAUUAUUAUUAUGUUGAGGGGGUUUGUGGGAUUUUGGAGCAGUAUUUUGUAUAUUGUGGACACCAACCCCAUGCCAUGUCCCUUUGUUGUUAGGAGGAGGUUUUCAAAGGUUGUAAAGGGUCUAGUUGCUGCUGAUUUUACUACUGGAUUGUUUAAGAUGGUAUGUAAUUGGUGGUGUGUUAGCCAGGACAAUUGGGUGUCCCCUAGUUUGUCUUGUAUUUCUUGUGUUGAUGUGGGUUUGUUAUUUUUGUAUAAGCCUUUGGCUUGCCAGGUUAUUAUCUGGAAUUUUUGUGCUGCAUGGUGGAAUAGUGGGUGGUGGGUUAGUGCGGGUUGGGGUUGGGGAUGGAAGAACAAGAGUUUGUAUUUGAUAUCCCACUUUAUCACUACCCUAAGGAGUCUCAAAGCGGCUAACAAUCUCUUUCCCUUCCUCCCUGACAACAAACACUCUGAGGUGAGUGAGGCUGAGAGACUUCAGAGAAGUGUGACUAGCCCAAGGUCACCCAGCAGCUGCAUGUGGAGUUGUGGGGACACGAACCCGGUUCACCAUAUUACGAGUCCAUCACUCUUAACCACUACACCACACUGGCUCACUGGUUGGGGUUGCUUCCUCUUUCCAUGCUUUAAGCAUGGUCUGUAUGAACCUGUUUAGUGUUGUGGGGAUUUUACUUAGCUUGUUUAGGAUGAAUGGGUAUGCUGUGGUGGGGGUAUUUUUGAUUAUCUCUCUCUCCAGGUAUACCCAUUGUUUUGUCUCGUCCUCUAGAACGUAUGGCAUUGUGUGGCACACUUGGUUGGCCAUGUAGUAUAGUUCUAUGUUGGGGAUUCCCCAUCUUUCUCCUGAGGAGGGGAGAUGUAGGUAUUUGAGGUUUAUUCUUGCUUUUUUGUGUGAUAAGAUAAGCGAAUGUAAUUUUUUCUGCCAUUUGCGGAGUUGGGUUGGGGGAAUCCAGAUUGGGAGGGUUUGGUAUAGGUAGGUUAAUUUUGGGAGGGUUUCCCAAAUAAUAAUCAUUUUGAUUAUGGCUGUUUUGUCUGAGAGGGUGAAGUUGGUGUUUCAUUUCUUCAAGUCUUCAUUGAUUUGUCACCACAAGGGGUUGUAAUUGUAGAGGUAUAGUUUGUUGAGGUUUCUGGUUAUUUGUACGCCUAGGUAUCUGAACUUGGUUCAGCAGAAUUUUAUUUUGGUGAUGUUGGUGAAUUCUUUUUGGAUAUGAGGGGGAUGUUGAAACACAUGGCCUCAGAUUUUGCAAUGUUUAAUUGUAGGCCCGACACCAUUGCAAAUGUGUCAAGUUCUUUGGUUAGGGUGGUUGCUGUGUUUAUGGGGUCUGGUGUUGUGACCAUCAGGUCUUCUGCAAAGUGCCCUAAUUUAUAGGUUCUGUCUUUUAUUUCCACUCCCUUGAUGUCUGUGGCUGCUCGGAUUCAGUUUGCUAGAGGUUCCAGAGCCAAGAUUAAUAGGAAGGGAGACAGUGGGCAUCCUUGUUUUGUGCCUCUUUGAAUUGCUAUUGUAUUAGAGUCCAUACAGCUGGUCCUGCAUUUUGCUGAGGCUUGGGUGUACAUAAAAAAUUGUAAGCCAAUUGGAAGGUGUAUGGCAGUACACAUUGUUUUAAAGCUCAUGUCUUACUUCAGGGAUCCUGGGAACCGAAGCUCUAAGAAGGUGCUAAUUGGUGCACUCCAACAUAAUCACUUUUUUUCUAAGGGAAAUUGUAAUAUGUAAAGCACAGGACCCCAAUUCAGCUAAAGUUAGUUUCAUUAAAAUUAGUGGAAUAAAUUGUUGGUUUUCGUCCUGACCUUCGCAGAAGUGUGAAUGGCAAAGCAUCCAUAGUGGUGCCUUCAUUGUGGACCAUGCUCUGUCAGGUUAGAUUUCAGGGCAGCACUAAACAUAAAAGAUCAAUGUAAUGAAAUACAAAAACAAAGAUAAAAGCAGCAGAUGAAAGCUUUAAAAUGAACUAUUAAAUGAUUGCUCAAUUAAAUCAAUUAAAAUGUGCUAUUGCCUGGCAUUUAAAUGAUUGCACCUUCCUCUUUGGGAAGAAUGCUUUAUAACCACUGCCAAGAAAGCCCUCUCCUCUGAAGGUAUUGUCAUACUCCAGAUGGAAGAGGUACAUGGAAGAGAGCCUUGGCAGAGGAUCAUAGAGCACUGGCAGAUCAAUAAUGGUUCCAGUUAAGUUUACCAGUUGUACAUCCAGGUUUCCUUCAGCAUCAGAGGCUCUGAAUGCUAGUUGCUGUGGAAUAGGAACAGGCAAGUGCUCUUGUCUUACUUGUGGGCUUCACAUAGCCAUCUGAUAGACCACUGUGGGAAAUGGGUUGCUGGACUAGGUAGGGUUUUCAUCUGAUAAAUCACCAUUGUUCUUAUGUUUUUACAUAUAUCAAUAAAUAGACACUUUUCAAUCCCUGUUUCAAUGGAGCUCGAAGUGGCAUACCUGGUUUUUCUUCUUCUCCGAUAUCCUCACAACAUUCUUGUGAAGUAGCUUAGGCUGAGAAAGAGUGGCUUAAGGUCAGCUGGUGACCUUCGUAUCUGUGCGUGGAUUAGUAUUCAAAGGUAGAUACAUUGUUCAUUUCUUUGCAUUUCCUGUGAAUGAAACAUUUAACAUAUAAUCCAACUUCUUUCCUGCAGGCAUUUAUUGUUGCCUUCACAUCUGAUAUGAUCCCUCGAUUGGUAUAUUAUUAUGCCUACUCUAUGGAUCCUUCUUCACCCAUGUCUGGAUACAUUAAUGACAGCCUCUCCAUAUUUCAAACCUCAGAUUUUCCUGAUAAAAACAGGCCUGACAUAAACCCAGAAAACUUUUCCACUUGCAGGUUAGUUGCAAUUAACCCCUUUUACAUGUCUGUUUGUGUGUGUUUUUUUGCAGUAGAUUUCUGUAAUAAAUCAGUUAUAUUGGUCUUGAUCAUUAAAUUCUUCUCCUUACUGUUGCCUUCUAUAAGAUGAAAUGAGGGGCCCUUUAGCCAUCAGAAUAAGACAUUUGCUUUAUUAUAGGAGUUUUAGGGAAUGUAAUUUGAUGUCUUCUUGAAGGCAAGAUGUAAUUGUGGCAAUAUUACCAGUACGGUAGUAGGAAAAAAAGAACAAAUGUAGCCCAAAGGACAGAAGUAAGGAAGUGUAAAGACUACAACCUUUCAUUGCCUUAUUCUCACUUUUAAAUUUAAAGUAAUUUCACUCUAGAAGUAGAUGUGAUGCUGAUCAUGGUGUCUCUGCAACCCCAUAUUGGCAACCCCCCUGCCACCUUUCUCAGUAGCAUGUUAUGCGGGUCAGGAAAAGCUAAAAUAAAUAAAUAAAUGAUGUAAUGUCACCUGCUUCUCUAACAUGUCACUAGGGGAAGAGGGGGCCCACAACACAGAACUACAGUUUUCAGUAGUAGCUCUGUGAUUGUCUCACCUGGAGAGGUGACCUAAAAUAAAAUGCAUAUAUCAGAGUUUGGAGAAAGGGGAGUUUUAUCACAUGGAGACUUUUACAGUCUCCUUUAAAAGAAGACUCAUAUGUAAUCGGCUAGGAAUGGAUUCAACAUUUUUUAUCCAGUGCUACCUCUAUGACAUUCCUGAUAACCCUAUUCCCUGUUGAGUGCACCUCUUGGAAUGGGGCUACUAUAACACACAAGAUUCCACAUGGCUUUUCACUACAAGGUGCCUACAGAAUCCUUUCUAGCAUUAGCCUUCUUUGCAUGUUUCUUAUGCAAAGGGGCAUCAUGGCUGUAAAAGACCACACAUUUAGCUUUACCCUGGAGCUCAUGUGAUUCCUCCUGGCCCCCAGUGUGCUUACAGAUACCUUCUGGAAGAGGAGCCUUUUUUGUCAAUGGAAGGUGUUGCUCAAGGGGGGGCAGGAGGACUCACAUUGCCUCAGGGGUGGGGCUAUACACGCAGCUCUCUUUAUAUCUGUGCUAUCCAUUUGUGUGAGUUGCAUGUGAAGAGGACUGUUCCUGUUGGCUAUAAAUGAGCCAUGGAAAUCUACAGUAGAAGUGAAGGACAUGUUCCCCUUAAAGCCCAAGGCUUCUGUAUGUACCAUUUAAGCUUUAGUGCUUUGUUUGAACAACUUUCCUACAUCACGUCUUGUUUUACGUUUCUGUUCCCUGAUUUAUGCUCUUCCAUGAUCCACCUAGCCAAACAUCACCUUAUGAUAGCUGAAAGCUCUGCUAGCAUGUGCUCUGCAGUUUGCUUUUGCUAUGAAAGAGCAAACGAGGGACACUGAACCAGUUACAAGAGCCAUGUCCUGAAAAGAAAUAAAUAAAGCAAAACAUUAAGAUCAGGAUCAAAAGGCUUCUUAAGUGACAGGUGUAUUUGAAUGUAAAUGCCACUGAGCUUGUAAUCUGUCUGCCUUUGAAUGUGGCCCUUCACCUUUACAUGUUUGUAUUCAACAGGUACAGGGACUAUCGAUAUCCACCAGACCAUGAGAGGAAAUAUGCACACACAAUGCAGUUCUGGCACAUCCUGGCUGCCAAGAUGGCUUUUAUCAUUAUUAUGGAGGUAAGUUGUUCCCUUGCCUCUUGUAAUUGAUUCAGUGUAGAGUGUCAGUGUAGAGUUACUGCAGUUUUGAUGAGAGUACAAAAUUAUCUUGUUGUGAUUCAUGGAACUAUAGCUUUAAAAGAAGGGUAACAACAAAACACAAAGGAUUUACAAGUUGCAAACAAAAAUCCAGAAUCGAAUACCAUUUGUGUAUAUGCAGAUUAUAAAAGAAUUGCAGAAUUUUGCAAGCUUUACUGCAAACAACCCUCUGUUGUUUUGCCUCCCAAAAGUUUGUGCUAUUUAUCUAAAUGCAUCCCAAGCUGAUGAAAUUAGUGUGCAUGGCAUGCUAUUGUUGAUCCCCCCCAAAAAAAAACCCCUCUUUGUAGCCACAACUUUAAGGUGUAGGACAGGCUUCCUCAACCUCGGCCCUCCAGAUGUUUUUGGUCUACAACUCCCAUGAUCCCUAGCUAGCAGAACCAGUGGUCAGGGAUGAUGGGAAUUGUAGUCUCAAAACAUCUGGAGGGCCGAGGUUGAGGAAGCCUGGUGUAGGAAGAUAUCAUCACUUUGCAAAACCAUCUUUCUCAGAGCUCAAGCCUAGAAAGUCUGCAUUGCAAAUGUUUAGGACAGGGAAUAACAACUGUUUGAUGAAAUACCUUGCCUCCAUAGUUCUUUGCAUACAUCCUCCUAUUUUUGCAUUGUUCCCCUGCCUUGCAGCAUGUUGUUUUCAUUGUCAAAUUCUUUGUGGCUUGGAUGAUUCCUGAUGUCCCGGCUGAAGUGAAAGCCAAAAUAAAGCGUGAGAAGUACUUAACUCAGAAAAUCUUGCAUGAGUAUGAACUCAAUAAACUCAAGCAGAAGCUGUGUGAAAACAGGACCACCGCCAGCAUGGAAAAGGAAGUCAUUGCCACCGAAGGGAGAGUGGAGUUAUCAGAAGUCAUGUAACUUGAAGAACAGCUGACUGUGAAAUUCCAGCCUGUGAAAAUUGGUUGUCCAAUCUGAGAUGAGCAGUUCAAUAUGCGUGAAAGCUUCUCUUUUGGUUCUAACAAUUUUACUGAAGCAAGUGGAGAGAAUCAACAUGGAUUUCCUGUUGGCCAAUCAACAAGCUACGUACCUUUGCUGCUGUGGAACCUUGAAAAAUGAAUCUGCUCAUGACACUGCUGAAAUGCCUUGCCUUUCUAAGACUGUAUGUUUCUCAUUACUAGAAUUGUCUUAAGUCUGUUAUAGCGAAAAGUUCAUAAUGUUCCACAUUUGCAGUCACAGUUCUUGGUAAGUGUGGCAAUGGCGUCCUGAAUGAAGCUCAGGAAGUUCCUCCCUCACCCAGCCUAUAUUUAAUUAGUAUCAUUAUUAGUUGAUAAGGCCAAGAGUAUGGUGUGUUGUCCUUCAGUUGUUGCACUGUCAACUGAUGAUGCUAGAGCCUAAACGGAAUUCUGUAUCUUUUCAUCAUGCUCUUCAAGUGAUAUUAAAGCACUCCACAGACUCCGGUGGGGAUGCUGUGGCUAUGGAUUUCAUGCAUCAUCUUGGUAGGACUAACCAAGCUUCAAGGCCCCUUCCAAUCUAUGGCUCUAUAGUUCAAUCCUAUUUUUGUUUGCCUGUUCUCAGAGUUGGGGAAACUGGGAUCUGAACUGCCAAUAUGCUAGUCAUGGUUAACCUUGUUAAGGCAGAAGGGGCUUAGUGCAGCAAGUGCGCAAAUGUUUGGGGAGCCUUUACUGUAAGAUGCUAACAUCAGACAAACAAAAAACUAAAUUGGAUGCCUUACUUAGAGAAGUACUAAUCUGUAUUUGUCUGAUAGGUAGCACUGGCUAUUCAAAAGCAUGUACUUUUCACACAUUGGCCUUGAUCAUGCAUUACUUUGGAACAUUACUUGGAAAAUCUUUCACAUAUCACGUGUGCAUUUCUGCUGCACAAACCUGUACCUUUCAGUACCUUUUGAGGUGGGUUGUUUUGUAGGUUAUUUUUAAGGCACAGAUAACAUAUUUGUAGAUUUAACAGUUCAGUAACUAUAGUGACCUAACAAAAAUUAAAACCCACAGUUACUUUUUCAUAGUAAUUUCUAUGCUUAAUAAUUUUCAUCAGCCAUAUUUUCUCCAAAAUAGUAAGGGAGGUUUAAGGAAUUAUACCUCAGAGUUCCUAAAAUAAAAUAAAAUAAUUUUCUAUUCUUACAUGAUUAGGGAGAGUUAGAAAGAUGACCAGAUUCUUCCUAAAAUUAGUAUGAUAUUGAAUUGGAAAUAUACUUUAUCAAGACCAGAUCCACUGAGGUAAUCCGGAGUUUUACCUGUGAUUGUAGUAGUAUUAUUUGGGAUCUGAAGUCAUUAUUUCUGAAAUUUUUAAAAAUGAUUUCAUAUUUUUCAAAACCCCUGAGUAAAUUAUCUACAGGGAUAAAUUGUAAACAAAGCCAUUUGUUGUGAAUAUGCCUUAAUACUAGAUCUCUGUGUUUGUACAGAAUAUCUAUUCAUAAUAUUUAAUGAAUGAAAGGUUAUGUACAUGUAGCCAAAUCCGCAAUGCUUAGAAAUAAUGGUUUUUUUAAAUGUUGCUAAGAAGAGAAACAGUUCCUUUUUUGUGUGUCUUGAGACAAUUUUGCAAAUUUAUAAAGUUUAUUUAGUGUAAACUGUGCAUGUAUACUUAGCUAGAAGGUGUUACAGGCAGUGUUUUGUUAUAUAAUUUUAAGUUCUUACAAGUAUUUUUGAAGUUUUGCUACAUUUUUAUACCCGAGUUUGCCCCACACUGCAUAGUGCCUUAUUUACAUGCACUUGUGAAGGAAAAAAAGAUGUGAAAAUGCUAGUAGUGUAAGUUAUGUAGCAUAAUGUAUCUUAUCAGUGAAUUCACAGGUAUUAUGAAAGUAUCAGCUUUCAAACUCAGUCUUGUGCAUUAGUAGCUGGUCAGGAGCAAGUUUUGCAAACUUCCAAGGUGUUUUGCUCAAUGCAAUACGAACCUUGAGAAACAAACACUUGCUGAAUUCUGAAUUCACUAAACAUAAAGCAUGUUGGACAUAAAGUACUUGCACUUUGAAGCUUAUUCUUGACUGUUAAGUAUUGGAACAAAUAUCCCAGGCUGUGUCUAGCAUGUGAGCUAAAGAUUAUGCUGUUUUAUACAUUUGUGUGCUUCGGUUUCAUUUCUUAUGGCAAAAGAGCAAAUUAUCUACUUUGAAACACUAUGGUAAAAGAUCCCAAUGAAUGAAGGAACAGUACUCAUAUCCUUGGCAAAGAAAAGAGCUAGAUUAAUGGGCAAAAUGCCCAGAUUAGAUUCAUGGUAUCUGUCUCGAAAAAACGAAACAGGAAAAGAAUGGUGCUUAUAGCAAAUAAGAAACUUAUACAGAUAUUGGGUAACAAACAAGAAGGUUAUGCAGAUACUAGGGGUGUGCAAUGGCUCCAGGAAUAGAACAAUGAGAAUUGCAGGGUUUGGGGGUUUCCUCCUUUUUUUCAUUGACACAUAAUAUCAGUAACUUCCCCCAAAUCAGAUGGGGCCCUCUCCUGGGGUUCUCUUGCUCUGUUUCUUUGCUUUUCUGUGCUGUAUAAUUCAAUGUUUGCGUUUAUAAUAGCAUGGUUUGCAUAACACAGUAAGCCAAAACUAUGCAGACCCCCAGAGAGGAACUUGCAGUCACUUUGCUCCUCAAUUGUCUUCUUUGCUCAGCCAGAAAGAAAGGCUGUUGUGAAGCUGCAAAUGUUAAAAUAAUGUUCAGGUAAGAAUAUGCACCACUUGGCUAUCACUUAAUUGUUUUAUGGUAAGAAAGAGACAAACUCCCAUUUCCCUGCGCUUAUCCAGUAGAGCAUUAUGGAGGAAAGUGAAGUCCUUUAAUUCUCCCACAAUAAAAGUCCCUGGACCUCUUUGUUUGCAAUUUGGCAGAUUUAAUCUCUCUGAUGGAGCUCCUGGGCGUGUAAAUUUCAUCCAUUUUGGUCAAAGGUGGGAGGAAGGUUUUUAGAUUCACUUUAGAUUCCCCAUUAUAGUAAAUCGGGAGCACACAGCUUCAUUUUAUACAGAGCAGCUCUGAACCAUAAACAACAACAACAACAGAUUGAAGCAAACAGAACACAGAAUGACUUAGAAGCAGAUUGUAAGUUUUUAAAAUGUACAGAUACAAAGCAAAUCUUAGAGCCUAUGCACACCCCAUAUUUAAUGGGCUGUUCCAGCAGAGAGGUCUGCAGGGAAAACCAAGGUGCUAAGGGUGCUGUCUGCAGAAUGUAAGUUGUUAGCCCAAUUUCUAUUUAUUGAACCUAAUUUCAAAGGUUUCCAUGCUCAGAGACAGGGUUUUGGUCACCAUUGCCCUACUGCCCAUUCUCUGCUUUGUGCAUAUAUUAUAAGGGUCUGUGCAUAACCUAUGGAGUUUUGAAGAGAGUUUGGAGAGUGGUGUGACAAAAAGUAUUCAGCACCAGACUGAAUUUAGCAUCCUCCUCAAAUUUUGAAUCAAAACCUUUCUGACAUCUUGAAACGGUCUGGCUUACAUUUUCUUUCUUUCUAUUUGUGAUGUGCUCAGUCUGCUAAGAUACUGUCAUCCCCGCCCCCCCCGAAAUGAUGUACAGUUAAGACAAAUAAUAAUAUAUAGUGUAUAUUAGAUAUGCCAAAGAUACAUUGCAAUCACCAAAAAAAUCUACAUAUUUAGCCAAAAACACUUUCUCAUCGUUUGAGCAUAAACACUCUGCUGCUUAUUUAUAAGUGUUCUUGUAAAUAUAAAUGUAGGAUUUGCGAUAGAUUCAUAUUUAAAAUAUGUUUGUGUUAGUGUAUAAUGAACUGCAGUGGUUGUAAAACAGGCAGCAAACAGUGCAAAUCAAGUCCAACAAAUCACAGUUCUGCUUGACAAAAAAUGCCAUCCGUGUCAAACUUAAAUGUAUUAACAAAUUAAAUGUGUGGUUUUUUUAGCUUGGCACACUAGUUAUUUUAAAUUGUGUAGAAUCGUUUUUUUAAAAAAAUGAACACUGAGCUGCAGAGUGACUUGGCACAGAUGUAAAUGAAAUAAGUGGCUGUAGUUGCACAGUACCUUGGGUUGCGUUUUGUCAAGUCCAGUUGAGAUGAAGAUUACACAAACAGCUUUGUCUGCUGUUAUCAUGCCACUCUACCCAUUGCAGCCAGAGCAAUGAGAGGGGUUAAAUUUUUAAGAAGUGGCAUGUUUACUUAUGUAACUCUGACCUGUCAUUUGAGGAGGCUGUGGGGCAAGCCCUGAAUGUCUGCAAGGAUAUCAACAGAACAGAACUUCUGGCGACUUCUGGUACACAGGCGACCAGCCAUCUUUACAACUGCAUUGAGCCUAUGAUUUUGUAGUCCCUGGCAGGGAGCAAAAACACAAGAUAUUUUAAGCCCCUGGUGGGCAACUGUACCCAUGGAAGGUUUUAUUUGUAAAUCUGGAACAUUGGGAUGGCAUCCUCUGUUCUGUAUUUAUAUGCAAUUCCCUUUUAACCAAUUCCAAGUAUUGUUUUUGUAUUGUUGGAUUAAAUUCCAGACAUUUUAAUUUGUAGGCUUUGACUUCUAGGCAAAAAUAUGUAGAUAAAGCCUCUUUGUGCUUAGCUCAAUCUGUAAGGAAACCUCAUUUUGCUCAGUGGGACUUAUUCUUAAAAAUAUGCACAGGACUGCAGCUUUAAGUGCCCAUGCAUGAUACAUUUUGAGUCACAGUUUGUUAAACUUGUACAAACUGAGCUCUCACUCAAGGAGAAUUAUAUCAGUUGUGGUCUGAGUGGCAGCAGUGCUUUUUGCAUUCUAGCAACCUUUUCAAUAGAUACUUUUAUACUACUCCACUGAAAGAGCCAAGUUACCAAGUACUGCUGUGGUGUUAUAUUUUCAGUUAAUUCAUAUGCAAGCACUGGACCCUUGUGCCUUGUAACAACACUUACUAAGGAAUGGUGUUGUGCAUGUUUGCCUCUAUGCCCUUGCUUCUGACAGAGAACUGUAAGUGGUCUAGUACUACCCCGUCUGAGUUUUUGAAUUGUGCAUAACACUCCUGUCUUAGAGUUUUUGAAUUGUGCAUCAUGUAUUGUGCAUCUGUUUACCUGUGUAAUUUUUUUUAACCUUUCCGUAUCCCUGUCUUAUCAUUGUGUGAACGCUAGUGAUCUGUUGCAUGUGGAUUAUAAGCCGCCUUGUGUAUACUGGUGGAUGAAUUCAAUGAUUAUAUUUGUAAAUUGUUGGUUUAUGCAUACUGAAUUAUGGUAUAUAAAUGUCCUGUGAUGCCUUUAAGGACUACAAACUUUUAUUUAUGCUUUUAAAGUAGAAGUUGUGAUUUCAAAAAUUGCUUUAAAUUUUCUUGUGACAACAAACAUUCAAGUUUCUUUCCCGAUUCUGUGCUGUGCAGUUCUGUACUCAGAAGUAAGUCCCUUUGAUUUCAAUGAAAAAAAUCUCUCUUUUAAGAAAUACAUACAGAAUUGCAGCCUUGAGCCCCACUCCAGAUAUGCACAUCAGUGGGUUGAAUUCAAGCUUGAGUGUAAGAGCAUCUGCCUGCCUGCAUCCUCUGAAUAGUUGGUGCUUUCAGGAGGAGGCUAGAAAGGUGAAGAAUUUGAGAUUCAAUUCUCCCACACUCCUAAACAAGUAAUUGGUAUUAAACUUGCUUCAUGUUUGUCUUACGCAGUACAGUCCCAAAUCACUAACCACAACUAUGCAGAGAGUGUUCUGCUUAAUGCAGUAUCCUUUUGUGGACAAUGGUCCCAUUCCAAACAGACAUACCUGCAAACAUUGAAUCAAGCAGUCAGUUACGCUAUAAUACAUACCAACCUUAACUUAGCAGAGCAGAGAUCUAACUCCAUUUUUUAACCCAUCAAGGCUCUGGUAGUGCAAUAGGCAUAUCAGCAUGCCUCCCAUAACGUCAAAAUUGGGUGAAAUGAAGAGUACCAUAUCCUUUCACUCUUAUUGUUCGUAAUGAGAGGAUUUUCAGUGCUGGUGGUUGACUGUGAUCAGGGACCCCCCCCCCCACUCCCUACUUUGCUUAUUACAGAGAAUUAGUCUGCUUUAAGUUUCUAAGUGAACAUUUACUAGAUGGUUUUUAUUGGGCUUUCAGUGCAAUUUGUUGAUGUUGCCAAUUUUAAGCUAAAUUUGGGGAUCUGGGAUGUUUGCCUGGUAGUCUAAGCUUAUUCAAAUUGUGUCUCAUAAACUGAUAUCUAUGGUUAGAUGGUUGAUCAUCAAGCUGAUAUGUGCAAUACUGGGAUCUUAAAAAAAAAUCAGCUAACUGAUGAUGGCAUUUAAAAGGUGUCUGCAAAUAGUGUGUUGCUUGUUUUGUAAAUACAUUGUUACAUGUAUUCAACUGAUUCUGUGAAAAGUUGACUGUUAAUAAAAGGUUUUGUUUACAUCCAUA